AGAGAAGAGCGGGACGAGAAACAGAACAGAAGAGAGCUGUCAAGCUGUGAGGAAGCAGAGAAGAGACGUCUUAGUUUUUUUCUUGGAAUACAUUUCCCUGUCCAACUCUAAAGCCCACACACACACUUACACACUUAGACAUACACACAACAGAAACACACAAACGCGCAGAUGUUAAAGUGUGUGAGUGAGUGUUUGCUGGUUCCCUCUAACGAGGAGCGCUGAAUUGUUUCCAGGACCUGGACUCAUUGAAGCCUGACUCACUUGGGCUGUGAGAGUGUGUUCAACAUCUUUGUGACUUGGACUUGAGCUCAAACUGGAUUUAAACUGUGCAGCACUUUGGACUCAGAGUGUGAAUCAACACUCCACCUGAAUGCAUCACUGAGAUCCGGACUGAAACUGUGUUUGCUCUCAUCAGGAGAUUUGAACCCACACUGUGUCUGUGCUGAUGAGGAGGAUGUACUGGCCGGUGACAGCGGUUCUACUGGCCCACCUUGGGGCCACCUUAGCAGGAGCCUGGAGAGCUUCUCAACCAAGACUGCAGUUCACUCACGCUGGUGAGAUUUUGCUUUUGACAAAUUACACACCUGCCUUCUUCUUUCUCUCCGUCACUCUCUCCAGCUCUUUAUUUAACUCUUGAGAAUUAUUUUUCCUCUGGUCGUCAAGUUUCUCUGCCCACCUCGACUUUCUCUCCCAGGAGGAGGUCAGGUGAAGUAGCAUCAUUUAAUUGCUCAUUCUUAUCGCCAGUACAGUCACAGGGUUUAAUUUCUGAAUCACAAAUCUGGUGUGGAAAAUGAUUCAAGCAUAUCUCUGCAGCAACAAAUGUGAGGUACCUCACUGCUUAGGCUUCAUUUUCUUAGUUCAGUUUCCAGUCAUCUCUCCCUUCACUGAAACAGGCUGACGUCUCUACAGCAGAGUCAGUAACAUUUUCAGACAGCGUGUAGUCAGGCAACUCUGCUGCUAAUUCUCUGCUGUUGAAGUGGAAACAAGGUGAAAACACUAUGGGAGAAAGAACAGUGGGUAAAAGAUGAAGUCUCUAAAAAUGGUUGUUGAAAAGAACAGUUAAGGGAUUAUUGAAAAAAUACAUUUUUACCAUCAAACCUUUUGUGUUCAUUGCCCUGAAGUUCUAAUCAGAGAUGCAGAUGUGUUUCCAAACCUCCAAAGUGAGGACAGUGAUACAAUGUAAAACAUGAGUCAUCUCAUAAACUGGUUCAAUGGCAGAAAUUUACUGAAUAACUUUGAAAUGCAGUGUUGUUAGUGUUGUUGUUGUUGUUUUUGUAUUAUAUUAGAUCAAUUUAGAUACAUCUUAAUUCAUCUUUUCGGGAGGAUUCCCUCGAGGAAAUUAAAUGAAGUUAUUGGUAUGGAUAUGGGGAAAUGCAAUAAAUAAUAAUACCAUAAAAACAGUCAGAAUCAAAGUGUGGGCCGUGUGUAGAAUCCAAAUCUUUCACCAACAAUUUUCAAGCUUCAAUGAAGCCUCACAUCCGCAGGCAGACUCCCCUGUCACAAAGUGACUGCCUGACAGCAAAAACGCCCCCACAGGAUUCAAAAUCAAUAGUCCGUGUUUGUUAGCUUCAGUUGUGGCUAACAAAGAAAUGAUUAUCUGAUGGCAGGAAUCCCAGAUCCUAAUCAGCUCCAAAUUAAUUUUGCCUUGGCCCGGGGCCGAUCAGUGCACCACAGUGAGACCCAUGCAGCAGCUUCUGGUGAAAAACCUGCAGUCAGAGACACAGAACCACACCUAUGUGACCCUUGGGGUAAAAUAUGAAUUCACAGCCAUUUGCUGCUCAUCUUCUCUAAAGCAGAACAGGACAGUCUCAUGUAUUCUGUUUCACCUGCCUUUUUUUAUGCACUUGUAAAUUUCCACAGUGCAGGAAGUUGCAUAAACACAUGCUGUUGAAUCAAUAUGCCUGCAUUGAGCAGUCCAGCAGUUUGUCCUGUUAGUAUGUUUCUGCAUGUCUGAAUAGAAAAGGAGGGUCUUUUGAAAGGCUGAGAAGGUACUGCAGGAGCUGCUAGUCACUCUUGAUGUUUGCUGUAAUGUGGGAGAGUCUCUGCAGUUUGUUAAACCUGGUGAAUCCACAGAUAUCUGGGAAGCACUGAAGCGUUGAACUCCAUCAGUUUCAGCAAACAUGCUGACCCACAUGAGGUGUUUUGAUGUUAGGGUUAGACAAACGUGACGGCCAAAAGUACUGAGAAAGCAAAGAUUUGCAGCGUGUAAUUAUCACAGGAACUGGAAUUCCUCUGUUAUGUUCUCAGCUUUAUUUACAGUGUGUCGGCCUGAAAUUAAAAGCUUUUCUGAGUGAAGUAUAGUGAGAUAAACUCAUCUCCCUUUAAUCAUGUUUACCAGAGACACAGAGGAGAGAGAAAGCAAGUGAUUACACAUUCUUACAUAAGCCAAAACACAAAGGUCUGGGAAAUAGAUGUGAUAAGGUUAAAGUCGACCAAUGGUGACCUAGAAAAUACAAGAAGAGAGAAAGAAACCUUGUUGGGUUCUCCCAGGUGGGAAUUUAGCUCUAAUGAAAUCUGAAUGUGGAAAUGUAAAGGGCUUCUUAAGUAGCUGGGCGUGUAUGUGUGUGUGUGUGUGUGUGCCUGUCCUUGAGAAUGAAUGUGUAUCUUAUUGCAAGUGCUUGAAUGUGUUAAGCGUGUUUCUCUGUUUAAACCACUUUGAAGAUACAGUAUGAGACUGUGUGUGUGUGUGUGUGUGUGUGUGUGUGUGUGUGUGUGUGUGUGUGUACUUAAAUAGGGUAGUUUCAGUUCCAGCAUCUCUGCCCACCUCAGUCUUUGUUGUGUGUUUUGCUGAUGUGAAUCAUCAUGUCUUUCAACAACAGAGGUUUGUGUGUAUUUUCUUUUUUCAUCAUAGAGGAGAGGAACAAAAAUCAAAUGUGUGAUGUGUGUGUGUGUGUGUGUGUGUGUGUGUGUGUGUGUGUGUGUGUGUGUAUCUUGAUGGCUGUCUUGACGGUAUUUUGUGGUUUUUCCUGUAUCUCUGUGGGAGCUGCAUACAGUGGUCAUUUUCCUUCACAUCACCACAGCUUUUUUCCUCGUGGAACUGCAGUAAUUACUAAAUGAUCUCAGCCACCCUUGAACACAUUGACUCAGGGGUUGUCUGGCAGCUCAGACAAACUGCAGCUACAUUUUGAUUUCCCCUCAUUUGUCAAGCUCACCGCUAAUUGGAAACCCAGACUGACAGUGGCGUGAAAGUUUUUGCCCCAAUUUGAAGGAAAUAGAGUUUUAUGAAUGCUGUGUGGCAGAAACUCAACACAUACUACAAAGUGAAGCAAAAAUAAUGAUAGAUUAUAAGAAAACAAAUAGACAAAUUACAGGAAGAAUUACAGGUAGUAUUUUUAUUGACACUUUCAUUCAGCAAACAAGGAAAGUGUGACAGCAUGUGACAGCAUUUACUGCAUGUCAGUGGGAGAAAUUGGCUGUCCUCUAUAUACUUUGCAGAUGAAAUAAUAACAAUUUUCACAUUAUAAUUUCCUCUCCUGACUGAGAAAUUGCUUCAACCACUGUGAUUUUGGAACCUGUUCAAAACCACGCCGGAGAAACUCUGAAAUCCAUCAAAGUAAAAAUGAGGCUUUAUGACAUGAAAGGUUUCGCUUGACUGCAGCAGCAGAGGAUCAGUCCUCAUCAGGCUAAAACUGGUUUUAGUUAUGUAUAGAUAAAAAAAAAACAGCCCCAUGUCACGAUGUAUUUCGAUCUCAGUGCGCAGAGAAUACUUGCUGUGUUGUUGUUGGUUACUUUUAGGCAAAAAGAGAAAUGCAGGACAGCCAAGAAAAAAAAAGUGUGAAAAAUACAAAACUAACCAUAUUAGCCCAGCAAAAAAAUGUGCUUAAGAAUUAACUCACACACUGAAUAAUCAUUUUUUUGGCUUUACAAAGACACCAAUCCAAUGUCCACCCUUCAGCCUUGCAAUGAGUCAGUUGUCAUAACAUGAAACCUGCACCCACCUUGCUGUAGUAUCUGGUGAAUAACCCUGAAGACUGCAAUAACAAAAGUGAAAAAUUAGAAAAACUACAACAUAAGUCAGUAUUGCAGUGAACUGUUGGCAAUUUAAUCAGUGAAGUCAGUUGAAAUGUGCAUAGCAGAAAACUCUUUUGGAGUUUGCUUUAGGGUCCCUGUGCUCUGGGUUUAUUGGAUUUUUACCACCUCUUACCAAACACACCUGCAGUAUGAGGGAGUGUGAACGAAUGAGAGGUUGUUCCACACCUGGGAAUAGAUUACUUGAACAAAGUCAGCAACAUUUUACAGAGAACAGAAUUAACGGGGAAGCUUUGUUGAAAUUAUGAGGACUCCCUUCAAAUACUGGAGUGGCUCUGUUGAGGACUCUUGUUGUGUUUGAAUCGUAGUUGCUUGGAUUAUGUUGUGUUUGUAGGCAGAUCAACAUAGUAAUGUAAUGCUGUCCUGUCUGGUGUGAUACAAAAGUUUUACCCUAGCACUACAUAUCAGUAUAUUUAUUGAAAAAAUAUGGAACUCUAAAACAUAUUAACAUAAGUCAAUUUUCAUUACUUUAUGACUCCUCGUGGUGGCACUUAGGACACAAAAGCCGAAUACUCAAAUAAAUCUAGUCUGGGACUUUUACACUGUGAUUUAAAAGCUGAAGGAUCUCACACCACAACCAAUUCAUCAAUCAUCAACCAAAACAUUCAUAUUAUAUAUCUGCAUGGUAGACCAGUAACACUGUGCAACCUGACAAAACAGUAGUGCUUAUGAUCGCUACUAACUUUCUGUUGUCACACUCACUCUGUCCUUUUGCUAUUCAAACACACAAACUCUCUCACACACACAGGUACAUAUGCAAACACCUGCCUCCUCCCGCUCCUCUCCCUGCAACUCCUUCUGCUUCUUUUCCUCCUCCUCAUCUCUCUCUUCCUCCUCUCCUCUCCUCCUGCUCCUCUCCCUGCUCUCCUCCUCCUGCUGUCCUCUCUUCUCUUUCUUCCCCCUGCUCCUCUUCCUCCUCUCCUCUCUCCUCCUCCUGCUCUCCUCUAAGUCCACCUCCUGCUCCUCUUCCUUCUCCUACUCACAAUGAUCACAAAGCAGUGAAAUAUACUAACUCUACUGACUUUACAACUCCACUAACUCUACAGAGUAAAACUACACUGUUUAAUGUUCAAAUGUGGAUAGUAUGGAGUUGUUGAAGUAUUGUUAGAUUCUCCUACCUUUGAAUUCUACGCUAUGAAAUCCAUAUUUGCUGUGGGUGUCAUAAAAGUGACAUCAGAGCUACACAAAGUCCUCAGCAUGUAGCUUUAUUGCUCUAACAGGGAGGUCUUUCGCUGAGAGGUGAAGUGUAAUCUGACUGACUGACAGACCAGGCAGCUUUGCAAAUCUAUAAAAAAAGUUUCAAAUACUUCAACACAUGAGUAAUCAGAGUAAUGUGUCCAUUAUCCCAGCCAUUAAGUGGAUGUUUGUGUGAUUUUACUGAUUGUAGAGGGCAGUUGUGAUACCAUCUCCGAGCCACACACACACACACACACACACACACACACACGCCUCACACACACGCACGCACGCACGCACGCACGCACACACACACACACACACACAUAAAAACAGGCACUGUAGCAAAAACAUGUUUAACAACAAACAUGAUGGCAUGGGAUACACCCCACCUGUAAACACACACAGUGAUCUACUGAUCUUAAUACCAUUUAAGAGGCUGAACACACAUACAUGUAAACAGAGGAAAAGUCAAAGGUCAAAUGUAGGUUUAUACACAUACACAUGUAAAAGCACGGUACACAACUCAAUAAAACUGUUGCUGUAUCUGCUGUACGAUGGAUCUGCAGCUCUGGUUACAAUAGUAGAAUACCAAGAUUUAUUGAAUAGAUUCAUCCAUGAAGGCCUUAGAGGAUGUUUUGAUGGUUUAUUAAGUCAGUGUGAGUCUAUUUCCUCACAUGCACUCAUGUUUUAUUCAUACAGUUUUCAAUUUGUGAAGCGAUUUAAUAGAGGUUUUUGAUCAUUAACAGCCACUAGAGAAUGAUAGGACUCUGUCCGAGUGGAGACAUUGGAUUUGACCUUUCACCCCUUUACUCUCGCAAUUGUUGUUAUCCUGACAUUCCAACUUGUUCUGCUGUUUGCUCAGUCGUUCUGGACAAAUGCCCAGAUUGUAAUGUAAAUGUAAAUGAGUGCUUUUCAAUUUCACGCUAUUAGCAUGCAAAUUGCUCAGUUGUACUACACAGUAGAUUAACUAGGUAUUGUCCAGAUGCUUGUUUGCUCGUGUGUGGUUGUAUAUUUCAAUUUAGAUUUCAUCAGAGAAUAAAAUUGUGUUGGACAAAUGAAAGCUGCAGUUUGAAAUGUCCUUGUUUAAUUUUCUUUGUGGCUUUAGGAAAGAUAAAGGAAAUGUGUCUCUAUGCAGCUACACACAAUUCAGGAAAUGUAGGCAGCCAAAACAAAAAAAAAAGAUGAGCUGAAAGUUUAUAAUAAAGUUGAGGUAUGGUAUCGCUGUGGUGACUGUGACAUUCAACAGUCAGGUUAGCUGACUUUUACUCCAAAUAUCUAGGCAAACAUUUCAGCCCCUUGAAUGAAAAUGCUCUGCAUAAAUGAAAAAUAUCAACCUCAGAUGAAGAGAUUACCGCUUAUAAAUCAGCUUGCAUUAGUCUUAAAAGCCAGUCUGCCUACACUCAUGUACUCCUUUUCAAAGCAUCCCAUGCACCUGGCAUGUUUGUGAUUUUGCAUUUGAAAGUGUGUAGAAUUAAAGGGACAGUUUAGUGAUUCUGAAGUAGGGCUGUGUAAGGUACUUGUCAAUAGUAGGUGUUAGGACUGGGCAAUUUGGAAAAAAAAAAAAAGAUCACAAUAUACUUUGCAAUAUCGUCUGAUCUCGAUUAUUAUCAUCAUUUAAAAAAAAAAAAAAACUAACUGCCAGUUUUAAAGCAUCUGUACUAAAAACUAAAGAAACUAGAGAUAAGUUCAACAUUUUAUUAACACACAAAGUAAAUAACAAAGCAAAUUAAAUAAGAUAAACAUAGAAAAAUCUAAAAAACAUUUUAACUCAACAGUACAACAAAUGUAGAUAAAUACAAAAAAUACAGUGAACUAGUCCUGAGUGUUUUUGCAGGUAUGAAAGACCAAAGAUAUUACAAACAGCUAUGAUCUGAGUUCGUUCAAAUGGGCUAAAUAGGGUGGUGGAGCUGACUCCGUCUGCAGUAAUUGAUAGCCCAGCAUUCAGUCUGGCCUUGCUCUCUGAUGAAACCAUAUUCAUGGGUAAAAAUUUUAGCAGCUUCACCAGAGUGUGUGUAUUAUUACUCGUUUUAUUUGAUCCGUUUUGCAUUUAUGCAUUUUUUUGCAGUGUUGAGAUUACAAGUAAGCGGUGAAACUUGUUUUUGGCAUAUGCUGUAUGUCCUCCUCCUCCUCCUCUUUCCUAGCUUCACCUUUCGUUUCUCUAUGUACUAAUAAAGCACAAAAGACUUCACAGUGAUAUUAAAAAUCAGGAGAUAUUUCAUUAUUCAUUUAUUCUUUCAGAUCUGUUUCUAUCUAGGCCAGUGCUUUCCAGGCUCAGGGCUGAGGAUGCUGCUGAGAUGUGGAUUUCAUUGGAACGGUUAUCUGGCACAGCAUCAGGCUAUUCUCUGUUAUUAAUUUUAAUGGAGGCAGUCCCCAACGGUGGCUCUACUGUUGCUUGUCAUUAUUGAAAUCAAACGACAGCUGUUUCUUUAUCCCACACUUUGGAAAGACAGAGGAAUUGAAACAAAUUUCUCUGGAAAGAAAACCUUCUUGGAUGAACAUAAAGUACAGCUUUGACCCAGACCCUUUUCUGUUUCAUUGAACUUUCAGAGUAUUUAAGUUUUCUUGCAAACAUCAGGUCUUUACUGAGACGUAAACCCCCAACCCCCACCCCAGAUUUGGGGUCUCAGUGCUUGUGGGUCUACUUCUCUCUCUGGACAGAGAUGGUGAAAGGAGUCUAAUUAUGCCCCUGUUUUGGCAACAACAGCCCUUGACAACAGCGGACAUGCUGUAAAUUUACCCUCAGGAGAUUUCUGCUCUUAAUAUUUUGAGACUAUCUUUAGCCUGAAGCCUGUAAUUAAGUACAAGAAUCACAAGCAUCAUAUUUCUCCCAUUCCCCUAAAGUAUUAAUUUGCUCCAAUUUGCCCUCCUGAAACAAAUCAAAAGCUGAUUUUCUCACCUCAACUCCCCGAUUAUUACUGUGUGUCAGCAUUUCCUUCCUGUACAACUUUCAAGUGGCACAAGGAAAGUUUUCUUUCCUGACAACGAUGCCCUCGGUUCUGUCAAAGCUGAGAAGUGUAAAAACUACAGUCAUGUAAGCUUCACUGGCUGUAAUAGUCUAUAAGUCAGCCUGAUCAAGUUGUCUUGGGUUGUUGCUCUUAGCAGCUUUCGUGUAGACAUAUAUUUAUCACUGCAUUCCUUUGACUUUAGCUGCUUCAAAGAUCUUAAUCCAAAAAGGCACAUUUGACUUGUUUGCCAGCUGGAAGCCAGAAGUAGACAGGAUCAGCAGUGAUAGGGCUAACUCCAAGAGUUUGCCUCAUUAGCUGCAGGCCAGAGUGGGCUGGAGACCGAGGACAUACUGAUAUACUCAUUCAUAAAAUGUUGCUUUCCUGUAGUGAUUGACAAAAACCUUUAUUUGGGAGAUAUAGUGAAAUAAAACUUAAGGACAGAGGCAACAAGUGCACUCCAGUCAAAUCUCGGUUGUUGGCUACAUUUGCACUUGUGCAUGAAACAUUUGAUCUUCAACUCUUGGUGUUGGCGAUCUGAUGUUCCCAAGGCUGCGUAAACAUGAAGAAGCCACAAGAAUUCGAUCCUCCCUGUUUUGUCAGCGAUGGAAAGAUCAGACAACUGCCACAAAAGGCUGGAAAUCUGACUUCCUGUUCCUGUUUAAAAAAAGCAGGACUUAUCAGAAAAUAAAAAGGAUGUGCAGUGACAGAUAGGAGGGUUUUAUCCUCAGGCUGAGCUUUAAAGUAAGGAUUCGUCAUAAGGUUGACCCUCAAAGUUGACUGUAAACAUAAAUCUUAGCUGUGAAGAUAUCUUGACCAUCCAUAACCUGCACAAGACAGCUUCUUUACUUUAUGGUCACCCAUUUUUAAGAUGAAGGGACGCAGUCAUUGCUCAUGUACUGAAGCAAACGGUCACCUAGUACCAUAUGUCUAACAUGCUUUGAUACAGAGCCAAGAAGUCUUAACCACAGACAAUUUACAAGCUGCAGUGGAUUUUUUCACUCUGGGCGGUAAGACUCGCAGGAUUACUGAGCAAGGUGUCAUCUCACAUGUUGAAUAUUAUUAUUUGCUAGUCUUCCAAUGAACAGACGUUUUUCUGUGCAAGUGCAAAGCCUCAAAGAUGAUUGUUUUGUUGUGCUAAAAGCCAUUGUGAAAUAAAUCCGAAAUCACACGAAUUAUGUCACAACUAACCUGAUAGCUGCGUAGAAACAGUUCAUCUUGUUAAUGAUGUUCUUACCUGUUGAUGCAGAUCUGACUGUUUAUUAUCCAGAAGAACUCCAUACUGAAACUUUGAGUUCUGCAGUCCUGUUCAUUGAUAGUUAUUGUUAUUCAUUGAUGUUAGUGUUUUACUAUGUAUGAUAAUUGCAUUAGGGCUGCAGUGAUUCUUAGAAAAACAUGAGUAACUCCAUCACUAAAAGACUCAAGGUAGAUUAUAUGCCUUCAGGUUUAUUUCCUUAUAUAUGUAAUCUUUAAAGUCAGGGCAAGCAGAAGACUCCUCUCUGUCAGUCAGUGUGAGUUAAAUCACUCAUAAAUUUGUCCUAAUGAUAAAGUUUACUGACUUGGUAUUUCAAAAAACAGUACUGGUCAGUCAAGGAGAAGUCAGAAACUUAGAUCAGAGUGGAGCUAAAAGGCCAGCUGUUACUUUUUCUUCUUACAAACUCUGCUCCUGAGGUUGUGGCCAGAGCAUUUCACAGAUGGCAGACAUUGUUCUGUUCUGGGCAGCUCCCACAUGAGACUGUUUGUUACUGUGUAAAUAUAAAGCAGAGAAAACAAUGAGCAUUCCCAAUGAACCCUCUCUUGGAUAAAUAAAGCAGAAGAAACACAGAAUAAAAAGCAAAAAGCAAACAGCAAAUGAACUCGUAUGCACAAGCACAGCCACUCAGGUCGAGCCGUCUGAUGAUGAUGAAUAAUCAUAGAUGCUGAGGUCAAAGGUUAAGCUGUCCACGUGGGUCUGGUCUGUCUGACACAGUCCAGAUGUAGAUUGUUAAGAGUUUGGAUGUAAUUUUGCUGUGGUGUGUGUGUGUGUGGCCUCCUCUGUUUAAAUGUAAAAGUUUGGAGUCAAGUUGAUGUGUUAGGCAUGCUCUUUCAUUCACCCUGAUUUUACACAAGCAUCCAUACACACCAUUCCUGAGUGACACAGACAUAGUGUGGUAAAGGUUUGGCAUAGAGUUGAAUGGCGUGGACAGUGGGGGUUCAUGCCUGUGAAUGCAUGGCGACAUAUGUGUCAGAGAGGAAUUCAUUCAUUACUUCACAUGAGUGCCCAUCUGUGUGCCUAUAGGCAUCGUUCCCAGGCCUCCUGCUGUAAUUGCAACUGUAAUUUGUGAAGUGAUAACCCCAUUUCCACAGGAAACUUGCCCUGGUUUCCUCGCCCCAGCCACCAACAACUCCCCCCCACCUACUUUAGUUGUGCAGUCAUCAAAGAUCUCCCCAUGGGAAUGUUGCACCAGACAGCUACAGUUCCCUAGGGCUUAGGAUGCAGACGAACAGACGGACAAAGACCGACAUACAAACAAAACUACACACGUUUGGGAGCUAACCAACACUGUCACCCGGACAAGACUGUGGAAGAAUAAUUAGAUAUAUUACUGAUAAGUGUAGCCUGUGUGUGUGGGUGUUUGUGUUUGGGUGUAGAAACGAGAAUAACUCACUGUGGAACAAAAGAAAAAAACAACAAAGUCUUGUCAAUUAUACAGUAUUUCACCCUGUAUAUGCAAUCUCCUGCAUACGGUUGGAAAACUUUCCUCCUUGACACUUGUAACCAAUCAUAAAAAGCAUUUGGCACAUUGACAAGGAAACACUUUCUUUUAAAUGGGCAGAAGCCUCGAGGAGGAUUAGAUGCACCAGUGGACAGCUAUUUGUCACAUAUCACUGGGCUGAGGGAGUGGGAUACAGGCAGAGAAAGACCGAGGGAUUAUUUGAGACUGACAGAGAGACAGACUUUCUAAAAAGAAGGUUGGAAAGGUAAAGGAAAAAAAAGGUCUUGAAGACCUAAGCACAGACACACCUGAAAACAAUAAUAAAAAAAAAAGCUUAACAGGUCAUCUCUAAUCUUUAUUAUUUUUCAUAUUAAAUUUGACAGUUUUCCUAUCUGCUUUGCUUCUGGGCAUCAGAAACAGCAUGUUAACAUUCUGCAGUACACCUCUUUGUGUAGACCUGACUCUCCUACAGCUACUGCAGCUCUUAUGUAGGACUAGACGAAAGUGGCUCUUAAUAAGUGAUUAUUUUCUACUGGUCUGCACUGCACACUCUGUCACAGAGCUGAAUUAUUCACUUUGAGCUUCAGUUCAAACGUACGCUUAUUUACCUGCAUGAUGUAUGGAGUAUUUUUGCCUGUGUGUGGUCAUGACAGUGCUGUGUGUGCCUGUGUGUGUGUGUCUGGUGCAGUGCAGGAAUGUUCUUAGCUGUAUCACACGCCGCACAUUUGCUCUAAUCACAUCGAGGUCCAUCAGAGCUCCCAUGACCAGCAGCCUUUAAUCUAAUGUCCACCAUGGAUAAAAAUACCUACCACUAACCAACAAACACACACAUAUGAUAGCACAAAUGCUACACAAACAGAACAGUCACUCUGAGGCAGACAUGGACUGGCAGGCACUUGUAUUAACAUAAAGGAACCAUUCACGUUCAGUCAUUCUCAGUGUGCGUCUGUAUGUGUCUGUGUGCGUGCCUGCACUGGUAGGAUUAUGUCGCAGCGUUUCUGGUCAUUUAUGUCUUAACCUUCCAGUCUUUGAUUCCCACCGACAGAAGUCAAAGGCCAAUUGGCUUAGGUCAGAGGUCAUGACCCCCGUCGACCCCUGCUGUCAGCUUGUUGCUGAUAAGAAUGGCUUCUCUCUGCAGGCACUCGUGUGUGCAGACUAAACAGAUUGUGGCUUUGGUUGAACUAGAGGGCUCUUAAUGCUAUCAUCAUGAGCUGCUCAAUAAUCUAUACUCUUCUAACUCCCUCAUCUUUAAUGGAUCACAUGACUGAAUGAGGUCAAUCGCUCCAUAUGAGCUUCAUGAUUCAAGUUCAAUAAAGUAACUGGGUACAAAAGAAGCACUCUUUGUAAAAGGUCACAGCUUGUACCUGGAAUCUGUUGAACUAGUGUUGACAGACACUUAAGAGGUGCACUAUACUCAACAGUUUCAGAUCCAUCUCAAGUGGAAAUGUUUUCACAAAACUGGAGAAUUGAAAUCACACUACUUUCUUGCUGUGAAAACUCGUGCCAAAGAGCUUCUGUGUUCAGUUUGUUCUUCCUGUAUCAUAAAAUAUGAGGAGUGAGUCAGUCUUGAAUAAGGUCUGCUCAGGGCAGCCCCAUAAAUUUGGAUGAUUCCAGUCAGCAGUUAAGAGUAACACAAGUCACUCAAUAAAGUUGAACAAAGUUUGUCUAGUGUCUGACCUUCAUUUAGUUGCAUCAUUGUGGCCAGGCUGCUAUGUAAAGUACUCAUCAGUAUUAGUUCAUUGAUUCACACGCCACUGGGCGCUGCUGGUCAGGCACUUUGAGGUCAGUCGUCUUGCCCAAAAUCAGUCAUUUCUGAUGAGUUUUGAGACUGACUAUAAACACUUCGUGGUCUGUCAGUACUCUGUAUGCAGUGUUGAGAAUCCAUCUUUGUUAACCCUGUAUUUGCUGGGCUAUGGAAGACUUGCACAGUGAUCAGUUUUCUAUGUGUUCAAAUGAGGGGCUGCAACAGAAUGAUCUCAGACUUUUUUACUGAAGAUGAAUGGUGGAAAAUGAAAAAGUGGUGACAGCAUGGUAUGGUUCAGGUCAUAUGACUGAAUUUGCACAUGCUGCAGUGUGACUAUUAUGCAUGUGCACAUCUCAAGGAUGCAAUGUAUGAGUCAGCCUUAGGUACAGUUAGAAGUCUUUACCAAUAACAAUUUCAAAAGAAGUACAGGCUACUGUGGAGUAGGGAGGAGAAUCAGUGCACAGAGAAAAUGUAAAGUCACCUUUUCCUCUGAAAUCAGACCCUCUCACAUUAUACACGAUAAUUGCCCCCUAGUGUCCUUUCUCUUUUCCAUAUAACAACUCACUUUCCUUUAAUAGAUUGUUCCAAAGCAAUUUGACAGCACUUGGAGCUGGGACCAUUAAAAAAUCGAUUCUUACUUUAAGUUUCUCAAAAGGCUGCAGAGUUGGAGAACAGCUUGUUGGAUCAAUAGCAUCCCCAUGUCAUUUUCAAGCAGUCAAUGACAAGUAAUUGUGGACUUCAUAGUGAACUGGUCCACCUACAGUAUGCUAACUGUGUGAUGUUGAAAAUGAAAAUUUGUUCACCAAGAUGUCUUGGCAGGUGUAAUAGAAGAUAAGUGGAAUGUUGGGUUCAGAUAGUGCUGUUCAUAUGUCCUUAAAUAUCUGUAACUGUGUGUGGUUGAUUGUAUGGUGUGUGUGCACGCGCACGCACAUGCGCAUGUAUGCGUGCCCUCCCAUUAACUUCACAGCUUUGAUGUCUUGGAAAAACACUCCAUUAUUCCACCGUGCCCUCUGUGUUUCAGCCAAAGUGUUGAUGAGAGGUGUGGGCAAAUCAUUCAUCUGUGUGUGUGUGUGUGUGUGUGUGUGUGUGUGUGUGUGUGUGUGUGUGUGUGUGUGUGUGUGUGUGUGUGUGUGUGUGUGUGUGUGUGUGAGAGAGAGAGAGAGAGAGAGAGAGAGAGAGAGAGAGAGAGAGAGAGAGAGAGAGGGAGACCCAGGUUAGGGGGGCAAGGGGGUAAGACCCACACCACACCACAGCCCCUCACAAAUUAUGCUGGCAUGGUUGCUGUUGCCAAGGAAACUGUCCCAUGAGUAAGGGUGGGGUGGGUGCAGCCGCUGUUUUCUGACUGAGCCAGGGGUGUGUGUGUGUGUGUCUGUAUGUGUCUGUGUGUGAUAAAAGAAGGACAGAGCCAUACUCCUGGUAUUUAAUCAUUUGAUGUUGGUGUGUUUUUGUGGUUGCUAAAUCUAAGUCUAUUUCUACAUUGAACAUGCUCUGCUGAUUCACCGUUUCCUCUCACUUUCUGUCACUUCAAGUGUAUUUUUGUGUGUUUGUUUAAACAGCUGCUCUCAGUUCCCUCUUGCCAUAAUGCUGAUUUAAUGCCCUCCAAAGUGAGGAUAGGAGCUGGAUUUUUAGUCUGUCUGACCCAAUUGGAUGUCACGACAGUAACAGAUGCUGAAUGCUGCUGGUGUUUCCACUGCAGAGGUGGUUUCACAUUCAGUUAGGCUAAGCUCUUCCCUUUAUUGAAUCAAGAGAGGUCAUGCCGCUCUUGUGGCACACUCACUGUAAUUCAGAUGAAGAGCUGGAUGCCUGCAGAGCAAGGCAUGAAUUCCCCUAGGACUCGAUUCUCCAUUAAGAGGGAGACAGAGACAUUAUACCUCCUAAUAGAAGUGGUAAGGUUCUUCCAACAUAGGGUGCUAAUAACAUGAAAUGACUGAAAUUAACAAAUCAUAUGAGCAAAGUUGAAUUGUAGGGAUGCAUGACAUGAGUAUUUUCGGGCUGACACUGAUACCAAGUAAUAAUCAUGUCUUAAGGUAUUUUUUAUUUUUUUUUAUCAUACUGUUUAGUGUCUCAAUCCUGAGAAAUAAAAUUAAGAUUAUAUGAGCAAAGAUUAAGACUUAGAAUGUGUUCCCAGAAUCUUCUUAUUAAUUCCUUCUCUUUCCUCUACGAGGCUCCAUGAUUCCUCGCUGAUCCAUGGCUUCUUCUUUUUUCGUGGUGUACCCAAGACUGCCUCAGCUACUUCUACGUAUGCCCGCUCCAUCACUUGGAAUUCACGCUGUACUUCUUCUUAUUCUACUCCUUGCCCUUCCUCUUCCAGUACAUGAUACCUGUUUCUUAGAUGGAUGGCAAAGGUCUUCAAGAUGUUGUCAUUCUUCAGUUUUGCUGUAUCAUACUUGAUUCUGGUGCUUUUCCUUUCCUAGUGUCGCUUCUUGAGUCUUAACUUGAUUGUUGUGCAUACAAGGUAGUGGUCACUUCCAAUGUCUGCAGACCUGUGUACUCUUGAGUCAUUCACUGAAUUCCUGAAAUGUUUAUUGAUGAGAGUGUGGUCAAUCUGAUUCCUGGUCUUCCCAACUGGAGAUACCCACGUUGCUUUGUGAAUUUCUUUAUGUGGGAAUAGAGUUCCUGUUAUGACUAGUUCAUUCAUGUCACAUAUUUCACACAGCCUUUCUCCGUUGUUAUUCAGCCUUCCGAGUUCAUGUUUGCCCAUGACCCUGUCAUAAUCCAUUUCUUGCUCUUCUGCGUCUUCUGUGGGUGCAUAAAUGUGUAUGAUUGUUAGCUUAAUGUGCUGGGAGUGGUAUCUGGCUAAAAUGAUUGGUUAACCGGUGUCCAGUCAAUCAGGGCUCUUGCUGCAGUUUUCGACAUGAGUAUGCCUACGCCUUGUCUGUGGUUGUCGUCGUCUCUUCCUGAGUAAAUGAUGGUUUCUCCUCCUGCCAGUUCCACUUUUCCUUGUCCUGUCCAGUGUGUUUUGCUGAUGCCCAAGAUGUCCAUUCCUCUUUUGGUCAUUUCUCUUGCCACUAGUGUGAUGUUGCCGCUUGCGUAUAGUUUCAGUUUCCAGUCUUCAUGAUGUUUUUCUGGUGCAGCGGUGGUCUAUUCAGCCCAAGGGCGUCCUGUUGGCUUUGGCCCUUGUGUGUCAUGGUGUCUCUGGUUACAGAACUGGCUACUGUGUAUGUGUACUGUGUAUGCUCUGCUUCUGGUUUCUGUAAUAGUGUAUUUUUUUUGGGAGUGGGUUAUCAGCCCACAGCCCAAACCCCAACCUUGAGGGCCAGUGGGAUCACUCUUCGUCUGGUCUCUACCCUUCGACCUGUUCGGCGUGGGUGACCCUGCUAGGAGUGCAAUACUCCUGCCGACAUAGCUCUAGGGGUCAUGGAGACGCGCAAACCACCCCACCACGAUAAGGUGGUGAUCCCGUCGGGGUAGGCUUAUGAAUAGUAGGGGUGGGAAUCACCAGUGGCCCCAGAUACAAUGUUAAGAUAAUUGGGCCACGAUUCAUUAUUAUUGCGAUACAGUGAGUAUUGCGAUACCAUAUAUUGUGAUUUAUACCAAUUUUUCAAUUCCUUAGCUGAUUUAGCGUUUGUCUUUCCUUUAUGUUUGUCUUAUUUAUGCACUAUUUUAUUUUCAUGUAUAUAGCACAUCUUGAAAACCUCAAAUGUCAGGUCCAUCUCAUUUGUGCCCUGCUUGCAUUCCUAAUGUCUUUCCCCAGGUGCUGCUAUAUUUGUUGUACUAACUUUCUCCUGCUCUAUGAUAUAACCUCUGCCAACCUCACUGGACAAACAAUUGAUUUUAUUUUUCCAAUAUCAAAGACUUGAGUUAAUAUUAUCAUACGAUUAAUUUGAAAAAAUUGACGCUUGGUGGAUGAGACAAUAUGAUAGAUCACCAGACAAAAUAUCGCAAUACUAUGCUGUAUCCUUUUUCUCUCACCGCUAACGAAUAGAGCCUCUAACUACUAAACAUUCAGGUAAUGACACUGAUGAUGAGUGAAACUGUUUAACUGGAGAUAAUCCACUAACACCACUUUUGUCUGAUAUCACUGACAGAUCUUCCAGAGCAUAAACACACAUUAACAACCAGUCUAUUAUUCUCUGUACACUUACUUAUCCUCUGAUAAUUCACCCUCUAAUGCAUGCUUUCUAUCAAGUGAUAAUGACGUUAAUGUAACCAAGUCCUGUACAUAAACAAACAUUAUUCAGUAUUGCCAUAUUGAAUAUGGACUUUAGACAAUGGGCCAUUGAGUUGAAAAUCAGGUUAUGAGGGCAUUUUGUAGGUCACACACACAAAAAAACGGGGCUUCUCAAUGGCCCAAAGAUUUUGUCUGUCUGAUGUAUUGUUUGCAUGUCGGGAUGUGGUGUCUCUGUCAUGCAAACAAACAAAAUGACUGAACCCUAACCACAUCACUCUUUGCAUGCUGUCCAGUUUUUUAAAUAUUUGAUCUGCAUUAAGAUUUUGAAAGUAAGUUUUACUCAGUGAUCAGUUUCAACCUGAGGCAAAAUUGACUAAAACCUUAAAACAGAAGAGCAGUUGUGAUCGUGAAGUCGCUGCUCUGCUGAUGCACCUACUGGGAUGAAUACAACUAGUGUCAGUGUAAAGCAAAACAUUUUACCUCUCUGACCGUUUCCUGAAUAUUAACAGUGUCUCUGGUGGCUAAUAAGCAGAUUUCCUGCUGAGCUAACGCUCAACUUUCUACUCUCUGCCUUUAGUCUGCUGAACUUUCCUCUCCUACUGUGACUGUUUCUGUGUCUCACAUUAUUUCUCCAUUUCCACCGAGUCAUGUCUUCUUCUCUCUUUUUCAAUGGUCUUUCCCUUCUGCUCAUCUAUUUCUUGUGUUUUCUCCUGACUGUCAGCAUGUCGUGUUUCCUCUCAUUGCUGUCUGCUGUUUUCUUCCUCCUUCUUUUCGCUUUCUCUGUCCUGAUUUCUCAGCUUUUCUUCUCUACCUCCAUUAGCCUCUGCCUUCACAUUUCUCUCCCCCUCUGUCAUUAUUUUCUACUCCUCUCUUCUCCCCCUGCUCUUCACUUUACCCAUCAUCCAUCCAAUCAUCAUUUUUAACCCUGUCUUCAUAUCAUUCUUCCUCUUACUUUCAUCUACCCUCUUCUCCUCCUCCUCCUCAAUCUGCCUAUCUAUCCAUCAUUUUCCACCCUGUUAUUACACUACAAUUUUCCCUCACACUCUCGGCUACUCUUCCCCUUCAUCCUCCCUCCACUUCCUCCUCGAUUCCUCCAUCAACGCCCAUCAAUUCCCCACCCUGUCCUGUCAUGGCAACAUGAUUUUUACAGGCACUCUAUCUUCGACCCUCAUCAACCUUUCCUGUCCAAUCGCCACCUGUCUUUUUCCAUCCCUCCUCUCCCUUCUCAUCCUCAUCAUCCUCCAUCAAUGUUUAUUAAUUUUUCUUAUCAGGAUUCCUUCUACUCUCUUCCCCCCUUCGCCCUCAUCCCUUCCUUUACCCCCUCAUCUGUCUAUCAUCCUGUCAUGUUUUGACAUUUUUCCUAUUCUCAUCUCAGAGCUGUCUUUGCCCAUCAGACUGUUUUCAUCUCCUUGUCACUUUGCCAUGUCAUAUUUCUCAUCCUGUCUUUCUGACGCUCCUCUCUCCCCGUCACCUCCUCCUCCCUGUCCUCCUCUUUUUGAUUUUAUCUGCCUUUGUUGUUUUAUUCUCUCACAGUGACUUUGUGGUUUAUGUGCACUGUGAAUACAGAUUUAAAGAGGUUUAAAAAUGCAGCAGUGCAUGUUAAUGGUCCAAUCCGAUAAAGUCCUCUGAACAUUCAUUCUUUAAGGUGAAAUAAAAAAAGUUGGAUCCUAAAUCGCAGGCAAACCAGGAGCUGUAAACAAAAAGUCACAUGAGCUCACAGCAUGCUGCGUCUUAAUUGGGUAGAGUUGUGGCAACCCGUCAUCCCACCUUGUUGGAUAUGUGAUGCAUUUGGCGAGGGUCCAGACAAAUCUGAUUUAUGUUCCUAUCAAAACGAACCGCUGUUCUAAUCAUGCAUGAUGAACUUUACUCUUUGUCUGAUGUUUGAUCUGGCUCGGUCUGAAAAACACUGACGUUUAAGUACCUGUGAAUUUACUCAGACUGGGGUUUACCUUGGGUUCACUGGUUGCUGCCAUUUUUCACAACUGGAGUGUGAAAAUCUAUAUAACUGAAGCUCAGACGAGGUCUAACAUCACAUUCCCAGCUGUAUUACUGACAGAUUAAAGGUUUCCUUCUUUCCCAAAGAGAGAUUGAGUGUUUGGUGUUUAGUCAGACAUAAUCCAUUACCAUGGGAACCAGAUUGAAGUCACUUUGACACGACUUGAAUGGUGAAUUUCUCAGGAGUGUUACCCUCACCAUGACUCCUGCUCAGUUAUCUGAAGGUGAGCCUCUGGGGUGGGGCGGCACGAUUGAUUGAUUUUAAAUUGUAAUCAGAUUAUUUGAUUAUAACGAUGUUAAAAAAAAUAAUUUCGUGGCUAAAUAGAACAAGAGCAAGUCAGUCAUGUGGAAUUGGUACGCCUUCACAGUUUCGGAUGACGAGCAAAACAUUCCCCGCUGCAAAGUCUGUCUGAAGGCGGUAUCAACCCGUCCACACGGAAAUGAAUUCAGGAGUAAACUCUAAAGUUUUCGAUUGGAUCGGCGUUUCAUCCACAUGGAAACGGUGUUUCGUAUGACUUUUAAGCAGUACGGGUCAGAGAGUGGAUAAAUCCGUAAACGUCUACCAUUUCAUCUCCUUGUGGAUGCCUAUUUGUAUCUCUCUUGAAACGAUUAUGUGACACACAGCAUAACUCUUUUAUGGCGCCUGUGCAUGUCCGGCCAAAACAACCCUUAUACUCAUGCUCUGUCACUGAAUAGAAAAUCGAAAUCAAAAUUCGAGUUUUCAGAGAAAAAAACUUGGAUUUUAUUUUUGGCCCAAACCGGGCAGCCCUACUAUGGAGUACUGCUGGAAGUUAACCAGCCUCCUUCUGUCAAAAGCAUUUUGUCCAUAAAAAGGUGAAAUUUUACCGAUUACUCUAAUUGUAUAUAAAGUGUUAGGUUUAGAUUAGGUUGCCCAAAGAAAAUAAAUGUCACGUCUGCUGAUAAACUCGGAGCCCUUGAGGGGGUUUCAUGAGGACUUCAGUACAGAGUUUUCUUUGAAACACCAUCUUUCAGCUGAUACAACUUCCUCACCACUUUCACAACAGUUCAAAGAUCCAGCAUGGCCAAACUGUUAGCCCUUUGUUCACUCUGUGAUGACCAGCCAGCUCUGCAAAUGGAGGGACUUUUGGCUGUCACACAUCAGCGUUCAGCUCCAAAAGUCUGUAAGGAGAAAUCUGCUCAUUCAGCCAAGUGUUGAUAUGAAGAAACUGAUACAAGUAUCUUCACAGUCAGACUGCCCAUCCUCUCAUCAUCUCUCUAUUUUUUAUUCAUGUGUUUUAUGUCCAGUCUGUCACCAUUUCGGACUCCUUCACACAGGACUUGAACCAUUUCUUUCUUAGUCUGUUGGAUCAUUCUUUUGUGACCCACUCCUCAUCUGGUCUCAACCAUAGACUGUAUAUACUAUGGACAACUUGGUUCCGCCUACCGCCUGUAUACGGAUUUGAAGCCAAAAAGCUCUCAGUAUUUCCAGGAUUUUUCUUCAUUUCCUGAAACCAGUGCUGUGCAGUAGUGAUGUGCGCAUUCGGCCGCGCAGUCACAGAGAGUCACUGUGAUGACGCUCGGCUCAAACAGCGUAUCCCCCGGGAGAGCUACUCAAUCCCUGAAAAACAGAGCUUCACAGAAAAAAGAGGACUUGAGCACAAACCAGUCUUACUGUAACUACAUGUCAACAUCGCAAGCAGGGGGGAGAAAAAUUUAUAUUCUGUGUAAUAAAUUUAUAAAGUUUGUCCACAGCUCCAUAAGCUUUGCUGGCGGAGGCGGGAUUUAUGACCUAUACUGCAGCCCAUGAACAGAGGGUGCUGUUCUCAGAGUGGCUUUACCCAGCAAGGAGGCAGACGGUGUAUGGUCUCAACACUUCAUAUACCUGCUCAAGCGCCCCUGCCCGCUGACUUGAUGUGUCACAUAAAAGAACAGAGACAGCAGUAUUUGUAGAUACUCUGAGCCAGUCAUCACCAUUUCCCUGUGUAUGCUCCGGUGAAUAAUUGCCAUGUGUUCAAAGACAGCUGUUUGGGCAGAAUUUACAAAACAGAUGACAGAUGGAUAUUUCAUCUUACAGAUGUAGGAUUUGAUUGGUAAGGGUGACGAGCAGUUGUUGUAGGACAUGUUUUCUUUGUUUUUUGUAAAUGUUCCUUCAGUCCAUUGACAGGAUAGGUUCAGUAUACUGUAACAGUAGUAGAGGUGGGAGAAAAAUCGAUACAGCAUAGUAUCGUGUUAUUUUGUCUGGUGACAUAUCGUAUCGUCUCAUUCACCAAGUAUUGAUUUUUUUCAAAUUAAUUGUUAAUAAUAUUAAUCAUAAUAAUAAUGAAGUCAAAUCUAAAAUGGAAAAAAUAAAAUCAAUUGUUUGUCCAGUGAGGUUGGCAGAGGUGACAUCAUAGAGCAGAAGAAAGUUAGUGCAACAAAUAUAAUAUAAAAGGUUUGCAAGAUGUGCUUCAUGAAAAUAAAAUACUGUAUAAAUAAGACAAACAUAAAGGGAAGACAAAUGUUAAAUUAGCUAAACAGUUAAAAAAUUGUAUAAAUUGCAAUUUAUGGUAUUGUAGUACUCACUGUAUUGCAAAAACUUAAAAAACACAAUAAUAUGGUAUCGUGGCCAAAUAUCGUAAAAAUAUUGUAUCAUGGGGCCGUGUGUGAUUCCCACCCCUAAACAGUAAACAGGACAAAUAAUCCAUAGGUCACCACAGAUUAGAUAUCAUGUGUGAAACAGGUGAUUCAUGACAGUAAAGAUAUACAGCACAAACAAUCAAAACUGUAUUUGAUCCCUCCUUUGUUUAAAGUUAGCUGAAUUUGCUGCCAGUUGAAAUCAUGAACAAGGAUUUCUCCUCUCCUGAGGGAAGCAGUUUUAGGGUAAAGGGGCAUUCUUUGAAGUGGAUUCAGAUUAUUCUCAAAGCCUUUAUUCUACUUCUCCUUAUGGUUUAGUUUAUAUACUGAGAUUAGUCAAAUGACCCCUCUGCCUUGCAGCACCUUGCCAUCGCUUGACACACAGGUAUGCCAAAGCAGAUUUGAUGUGCACUUAAUUAACAUCCAAAGCCCGGUUUUCUUAGUUUUGAAGCCCAAGCAGUUGUCUUUUGUUUUUCCUUUUAUUCUCUACCUCUCUCUGCGUCUUGCUGCUAUUUAGGGCUGCCAAGCUGUGAAGCUAUGCCUGGUGCUGCUUAAAAGCCUAUAUAUGUUUAUGCUUUUAGCUUAAUGAGCCAAUGCCAAGUCCCAUCCACUGAGACCAACACUUGGCUGUUAAAAUAUGAAUGAUGUUAACACUAGACAGAUGUAUGUGCAGUCUGCUCAUAGUUCUCAUAGAUUGCACGGUGCAAAAGUUUAAAAAACAUUUAAUCUGUGGGCUGAUCGGUCUUCUCAGGAUCAGUUUUAUCGCCUAUCUGUCUGGAGAUGUAGUUCAGGUACUGUUUUCUGUGUGUAAGUGUGUGUGUCAGUGUUUGUUUAUUCACCAGAGAUACUUUUCUUUGUUUGGCUCAAGUGUCCGAUGAGAUAAGAGAAAUGAAGCUGUAAGACAAACACAGACAGUUGUCAUGUGUGUUAGAUACUAUCAACUGUGGGAAAUUUUGUGUCUUACUUCGGCAAGCAAGUCAUCUGACUUUUUACUUGGCCUUAAAAAUAAAACCAGGGACUUUAAUCCAGGUUUGCAUUGUCUUAAUAUAUAUUUUUCUGAAUGUAGUUAAUUGAUAUUGUAGGUUAGAUGCCUUCUUAUAUGUAAAUGAAAGGACACGUGCACAAUUUUUUUCCAAUUUUUAUGUUAAUUGCUUUUACAUUCUUGCUGAACUGCAGUAAGUCACUUUGUUGUUGGGUUAGCAAAACAAAUGCAUAAAAAAGACACAAAGUAUUCAUUAAAAAAGGAUGUCUGAUGUGAAUGAAAAACACCAAUUUAAUUAACUCUAUCUUUUUUAUCCUUACUCAUCAAUUUGAUGUUUAUUUCCCACACGUCAUCCACAUUCCUAGUCAAUCAAGCUGCAAGGGUAUCUUCACAGACAUAUGUCCUGUAGUUUAUACUGUCUUUGUUGUCUUGUCUCCUUGUCAGAGUUAAUCCAGAAUGGCCGUCUUCUCACGCUGCCCCUGGUGGCAGGAGACCUGCACUCCCUGCUGCCUGAUGAAGAUCGAAGGCGUCUGUAUGUGGCCAUGAAAGACAACCUGCUGUCUACAAGUCUGGAUGAUAUAACGCAGAACCCACGCAAGGUCAGAACUGGAGGAUGCACACACAUGCGUUCACAUACCAUUUGAGGCAAGGUUUUAUACAAACAUGCGGAAGACAUACUCAUGGAAUUGUGCAAAGUGAACCACACGAAAUACCAACAUAUGUAAACAGUCAAAUCAGACCUAAAUCACAUAAGAUAUGUAUGGCAUUAGGGAGAGAGCUACAUACCUCUGAGAAAUGUGUGAUAUCCUGCCCUCUGCAUUUUAUAGAGUUUUUUGCUUCUUUAGAAGCAUUGAGAAUUACAGCAGUAUCUUCAACUCUGUCCUCCGUCUUCUUCAUUUAUUUGUUUGUUUCACCACCAGGUAAAAACAUCCAAUAACAUUUAUUUUUGUUAGAGAGAUCUGCUUUUGGCUUGAUGAUGUUGUCCGUGUUAAAGGGCUUAAUAUGUGUCAUGUACUAUCAUGAUAAUCAAACCAGAAGAGAAGGUCUGUUUUUACAGAUCUGUCAGAUGGAAAAAAAGUUAUAUGAUGUAUACCACUGCAGUCAGUGAAGUCCACCAUGAGCCGCUUCUGUGCAGCUGUGUAGCUCUCUCUUGUACCACCUCUAUUUUGGUCAUUUUUUGCCAUGUGGAGUUUGUAUCUAACACCACAUAACAUUUACUGCCGUAUUUCCACGUCUCCAAGCAUGCUUUGCACAGUGAAGAAGCUACUUGCCUCAAAAUACUGAAACAGAAUCAAACAACUCUCACUGCGUUUCACACAGGUGUACUGAUGCAACUAACUGUUUAGAUGGAAUAUAAGAUGUUAAAAUGUGUGUCUUAUCCACAAUUUCCUCUGCAUGCAGAACGGCACGGCAGCGAUUUUCGCUGUCCGCCAAUUCCUACCGGAUGCAUUUGUGAGGCGAAUUUCGUGGUGAAUUUUGGACAGCGGGAAUCAUGAGGACUAACAAGAACACGCGAAUUCACAUGCAAUCUCGCAAUAACAAGUUGUGUCUAUCAAGACAGCCACAUAACCGUAUAAGCAGUAGAUUGUGUCCUUCCAGAGGAGGAAAUCCACUCUGUCCAGACAACAUAUAUUGUUACUAAUUUGUAAUGUACCAUCCACUCCCAUUACUCCUGCUAUGGAAUCCCACUCCAAAUCCUUUUUUUGAAUUGAUAUGUCCUUAUAUAAGGGAUUAGAUGGGUCAAAGAUUAUUUCGUGAUUUUAAACUUCCAGAAUCAGCAUCUCAACGGGGGUGUCAACAGGGUGAAAUGACAUCGGAAAACCUUUGACUUGUUCAUCCCCGCCCACGUUUGCAUGGUGUGAAAUAUGAUCUGUCCAAAACACGUAGUGUUUUAUUUUGAAAAAAAGCUAGAUAUAUUAUUUUGUGUCUGUGUCUGACUCCCUUUCCAGCACGGGUUAAUCUGUGCUGACUUUAUGCGACAUGCUGUGGUGCCUGGAAAAAAUAGAACCCUGGAGACUGGCUAUGAAGCCUACAAAACCACAAGGGGACGGAAAGAAGCCGGUGAAAAUAGACACAUUAACUUGAAUGGGAACGAUCAGCGGCGAUCGGCACUGACUGCCUUUUCGCCGCAUGUGGUGGAAAUUUGGGGUUUUCCACAGAGACUGUGUACUACAUGAAUGUCAUGAUGGUGACAUCACCCAUGUGAUUGUAAUCCAUAAAGAAAUGCUGACUCAACCUCACUUUCAGCAGAGGUUGCCUUUAGCCAACAGCCCUAGUGUACCAAAAUUAAAUCUGCAUGCCUGUUAAUGGUAACCUGCAAAUACUGCAGAUGUUUUAUCUCAAGCCAACAACAGAGUCUAAGAUCUUCACACAGCGCUAAUGUUAAGAAGCUUUAAACCUUAAGGCAGGACGCAUAUGGCCAGCUCUGCCCUGUCCUGAUUCAGCUGGUCAAGUUUACACACAACAUAUGUUGCCUCUCCUACACAGACUGAGCUAAUAUCACUCAUCAGACUGGACUUACUUUUGUUCCACAAAAACAGGUUGUCUAUCUAAAAAGUUUCAUGUCCGUAAGACAAUCCAGUGUGAUGGGAAAUCUUUGACAUGAUAUCCAGACAGACACAUUGAUUGUUUCCCAGACAGUCUCAAACUCACAGCAAGGCCAGCGACAGAGCUGCCUUUUCAUAACUCUGCCCUGCCACGUUCAAUCAAUACCCUCAUGUGUCAGACAGACACACCAGCUAUCAGAGAGUCAAACAGGUAGGCAAGCAGACAGACAGACAGUGUGAAAGACAGACAGCAGUCAAGCAAGCCAGCCACCCACACAGCCAGGCAGCCGGCCAACAAAGGCAGAUAGAUAGUCAUGGUUUCCUCAUAACUUCACUCCAUGCUGGCUGUAAACCUAUAUGUUUGUACAUAGAGUAUUUAUAGUCUGUUUAUUCUGCUCCAGCUUCUGAGCAGUUCUCUCCCUCACGGUGUUAAAACCACUCACAGUACCAGCUCCUCGUCUUUUUCUCCUCUCUGUUUACGUUCUCUGCCAUUGACACCCAGAGAUUCUUAUCAGCGCGGCCUGCACGUUAUCGCGGCCUGCACGUUAUCCCCUCUUCUCUGUGAGUUCAAACCUCACGCACAUGAAUGUCUACAGUUUAUUCCACCAGUUUCAGUUCCCUUGGCUUCAAGAGCUGGACCUGUAACCAGUUUCUUCAGUCCAUCACAGCUCAUUGCUGAACGCGACGCUGUUGCCUUCAGCUGCGUUUUCUUUGAUGCAGCCAAAAACCAUCACAGCAUUCCUUCUGUGUGAGUCUACAGCUGGCAGCCCACAUUACACAAAGGGUCACUGAAGGGAUGAGUGUGUGUUGUGGCUUUUUGUUGCAUGUGUGUGUGUUUUUUUCGUUGGAGCAACUUCUAUUGUUUCCAUUUUCUUUCUUUCGUUCUCUGUGCUGUUAUUCCCCAACAAAGCGCACUAACCUAUCAUUUCUUAACAUCACAUUUACUUUGUGUCAGCUGUACAAUCCUUUUUCUAUAUUGUGCUUAAGGCCAAAUUCUUGCAUGUUAUAUGAACUGACAGCCAGCAUGCUCUUCACAGACUGGCACAUUCCCUCUGACUAAGUCUAUAACCUGGUGUUGGUCCUUGAGGGGUGGUCCAUAUUCUCAUCAUUUUGUGGUAUUCGUAGAUAAGGGAGAACGUGGUCUGAUAUCUUAUCUGAUCAUCUCAACUCUGCUCUGGGCUCUGUGGGAAUGACUGCAUCUGGCAACCAUUACUGGACGUCCAGAAGAAAUGGUUUCCUAAAGGCAUCAUCAUUUGUCAUUAAUCACUUUUGAAAAGCAGGUGGCACAUUUUCCAGACUACAACAAAACUGGGAAAUUAACCAAAAAGAGUUCAAUGUCAUAUUCAUGUUUAAUGUCAGCUGACACACUUCAAGUUUUACAAAAGAACAGUUUCUGCAAAUUCUGGCUCUUUUAUAAUAUCAGUUCAAUCUGUCUCGGUCUCUGAGGGAAUGACUGACUUAAGGAAAUAAUUAGUUUAGUCAUGAAGCUGCUAUUUGACACUAAUCUUCAGUUCUUUCUUUGUCUCUCUCAGUCUGUCUCCCUCUCUCUGGACCUCUGUGCUGCCAUUAUUCCCUCCAAUAUUGGCUUCCCAUCAGAGCUUUGGACUAAAUCCUGUUUGUUUUGUGUUUUUAUUUUUUACUGAUUGAGUUUAAGUGCACAAACAGAAUGGUGAAAUAUGAUUUGGACUACAAACGCAAGGCGUAUGUUGUUUAGAUUACAUUAAUUCUAUUAGGUGAGUCAGUUUUCAAGAUGAUAGUCUUCUGGUGAAGUCAUCUUUUCAUGGUUGAGUGUCUUACCUGAAAUCAGGAUGAACUAAUCCUUGUGAAAAAAAAAACAAAAAAACAUAAGUCCGUCAAAAGGACCUGACUCUGAAACAGCAUGUGGAUUUUAUUUAGAUAUGGUGGUUGCGGUUGAAAAAAGGAUAAACACUGUCUACUUACCCUUGUCUACAUUUUUGCCCCUUGGCUGCAGUUUGGACAAGCAUAGUUUUGCUCAAGUUUGACAGGUUUCAUUGUGUGUCUCUUUUCUACAUUAAAGCAGUUGAAAAGUUUGGAGUUGUGUCAUUUUAUUUUCUGAUUAGAUGGUGAUGAACAUGACAGAGUCCAUGUACAGUGUGAGAAGAAUAAGGUCAUAGCUGUAGGGGAUGAUAGCUGAUAUCAGAAAAAGACAUAAACGUCACUAAAGGUGGUGGUGGGGUAUUAUGCAUUUCUUUUCAGAUUCCAUACUUCCUUUCUGAUAUCUCUUUGAUAUCUUUAUAUGAGUUUCAGAUAAAAAAAAGCCUCCUGUUGCUCACUCUGGUGCAUUACAAUAUCGUUAUUUCAACCUCCGACUAAAAUGCUUCAUUAUAGCUGCAGUCUCUUUAAGCAACGUUACCCUGCUCCACUGUGGGUGUCCCCACACACGCUGUUGGAGGCAGGCUGUUACGCUUUGCUGGAAGCUCAGAUGAACCAUUAAGGAGAGACUAUUGUGAUGACAUGGUUAGUGAGUGAGUCUUGCGUUUUCUCACAAGGUCCCAUUUUGAGCAGUUUACAUCUAUUUUCUUGGAUUAUGCCAACAUAUAUGUAUCUCGUUAUUUGAAACUUUGCAUACAUCUAGUAUGGACACCAAACAUUGAAGCUUUGCAGUUAGCAUAGCAGCAUAAUACUGACCUCAAGAUAAAAAGCAAGUCUUCUUUGAUUAUGUUAGGUCCAAAUAAUUCAAAUAAAAUCAAGAUGAUAAGUAGCAAGGGUAAACACAGAUAUAAUUUCAUUCAGAAGUUUGCUUUUACACACUGGUAUAUCUAUGUACAGGAUGCAGCUCACUUUUCAGUUGAUUUAUAAAUAUUAAAAGUGAGUCUUUAACCCCACAUUUUUCAGUAAAUCUGACUGACAUAAACCCCAAAUGUUCUGGCUUUGAUCAACCAAGUCUAGGGGGUCAGAGGAGGCCUUUUACAGUCAGCGUAGUCCUUACCUACUCUCGGAUGUUCCCUCCAUGCAGAAAUAAUCCUUGGGUCUUAAAAACUACCAUACAUCAGAAGAUUUGAAUUAGCGUGUCAAAACACUUGGCCCAACAGGAACGGGUGUAAUCACAUGAAAAAUAAUGUUUUGAAAUAAAAUGUUAUGAAAGUGAUUUACAUUUACAAUAUUACCAUGGGUGUGCUGAUUCAGUCAACAAGUGAUGGCAGUAGUUGCAUCACUGCACACACAACUGUAGCCGAAGAGUGUGUAGUCACAGUUAAGCAGUAGAUUAAUUAGUCAUUCUGCCACCAUGCUGCUCUGACAGCUUGGCUCAUAAACAGGACACUGUGGUGUUGCCAGUUGGUUUUCAUUUUCUCCUCCUUGAAGCUUGCUCACUCGCAAGAUGUAUUAAAAUCAGCCGCCUUUCUUCCUCUUCAUCUAGUUUAAUCAGUUUUUGCUGACUCUUUCCGCCCUCUAUCCUUGUAAAACACCUUUCAAAGCCAAAAGUCUUGUUUUGAAUAUUUCAAAUGAGCUCUAAAAACAAUUUUUAACCAUUUUCUUCCCCUCUCUGUGUUGCCUUUAUCUGUCCUCUCUGUAGCUGUCCUGGCCAGCCAGUCCAGACCGUGUCCAAGAAUGUCUCAUGGCUGGGAAGGAUCCAGAGGUGACUCAGCGUUCGAGUCCACACAAACAAAUAAACACAUGGACAUUGCAUAAGCAAAGCAGUGUGCAAGACUACUGUGAAGCUGAGAAAUCAGUUUUAGAGUCCCACAAGGAAGGAAGUAUGUUAACUCAGAAUCCUUCACAGAUAUGGAUCGGUGGCCUACAGGUCAGCUCAUAUCAGCCGUUUUUAUCCUGUCCCUCACAGAAAUGUUACACUGCCACACAAGAAACAGUGUUGUGCAACUAUAAAACAAGACAGUGGUACGAUGGAUAACAAUCUAGAGCGGAACUUAAGUUAUAAAGAACUGAUUCAUUUAGAAACAACAACAAACAAGAAGCUUCUGAUACCUGCAGAGAUAUCAGGGUACAGUUUACCUUGAGGACAAAUCUGAUGCAAAGAUGUGUUCACAUAUGGAGAUGUGCAUUUUGCUGUGAGGUUCGGUGCAGCAGAUAGCAGAUAGCUUCUGGCCUAAUGUGCGUCCAAACUCGCGCAGGUCAAAAAAUAUUUAAAUAACUUUUCUGCAUAUAAGAAAUAAAUCUUGAAACUUUCUUGAUAUGUUUUAAAGAUUUCCUGGAACUGACCUAAUCACUAGUCUUGCAUGAUUUACAGAGAGAUCAAUCAAUCCAUGUAAAGCUACCAGAUCUGAAAGCUCCUGUAAGGAACAUUUGGUUUCAGUCAGUUUAGGCGCCCCCUGUGGCCAAAGCAGUCAUCAGUAAUAUUAAAAACACUUCUGUUACUCACAAUGAGGCCUCAUGCCCUUUUUCAUGUGUUUGUUUCUCUUGUUUUCAGCUGGAGUGUGCCAACUUCCUGCGAGUCAUGCAGCCUUUUAAUCAGACUCACCUGUAUAUCUGCGGCACCGGAGCCUUCAACCCGCGCUGUGCUUUCAUAGCUACCAGCAUCUUCCAAAAGGUAUUACUGCAAGAACUACAUUUUUGGAAAACACUUAACAGCACUGUGUCUUUUGUUUCAGUUAUUGUGAGUCACCCUGUGAGUGCUGCACAUUCGCAUUUCCAUACCAACUAAAUUCAGCUCACAUUUAGUGACAAAUAAGCUCCAUGCAGGAAAAAUACAGAUGUUUAGACGAACCAGACCUCCAGCAGCAACAACAAAAGCAUUUUGAUGCAAAUGCAAGUUGUGUUAAGGUCAUUGCACAUAUUGGCUCCACAGGACACACUUUUGUCCCUGCCACCCACCAUUCUGUGUGUGUGUGUGUGUGUGUGUUCUCACUCCCAGGCUCAGCCCCUAUACACAUGUCUAUCUGCAGCUGAAAUGUCACAUUUGUGGUGUCUGCCCUCAUACCCAUAUACCCACCCAGGCCAGUACUUGUGCCAUCUGUCUGUAAUAUAUACAAUGUACCUUUUGUCAUUGAGGCUGCUGCACUCUGGGAGACACUGGACACCAGAGAUUUUUCAAGAGCUUUUCAUGUCAGAAGUAAUGUUGAUGUAACUCCAGUGAGUGUUUCUCCUGAACUGAUUAAGUGGUCAUUUUUCAAACUGUAGGCACAUGUAGGUUAUCACUUUGUCAGAAAUAGGUUAAUGGUUCUAAAUUGCCUGAGCUGUGUGUGUGUGUGUGUGUGUGUGUGUGUGUGUGUUCUUGUUUGUGUGAGGUUUUGUGCCAUUUGUGGGAGUGUUUGAUCAGAGACUGUGGGUGAUCUAUAUGCGUGCAGGUCUGUGCAUUCCUGUGUUCACAUUUCCGAGGCUGUGUGCAUGCCUGCCUGAUGUUUAUACCUAUGUCUGUGUGUGAGAGUGAGAGUGGGUGUCAGAGGCUAACAGCUAAUCCCAUAAAAAGGCCAUGUGUGAUCAGAAAGGUUCAGACGUGGAGCUUAGAGGAGCUGGUGGUGCUGACUGAUUUAAGACCAAACUUCACACAUUUUCAAAUCCCUCCACUUAGCCCGAUUACCCUCAAUUAUCUGCUCAAUCUGUUAGUUUGUGCAUGUGUGUGUGGGAGUGUGUGUGUGUGUUACGUGCUAGCUGAGCCUGUUGAAAAGCCUUUGUAAAUAGAAUUAGUGGACAAUUACAAUUAGUAUGAGAAUAAAUGAAAGAACAGCUAACACAAUGACAGUAAUGAAAUAAUGGAUCUUCCCAGACAACUUGUCUUCUCGGGUCUCUUUCUUCUGUUGAGCCGAUUUUCUCCCUGUCUGUCUGACUAACCCCUGCCUCUGUUUUCUUUGACAGUCGGAGCACCAGACUCUCUCCUAUAGCCAGACAGAGUGUGGGAAGGGGAAAUGUCCCUACGACCCCUUCCAGAAAACAGCGUCUGCUGUUGUUGGUAAUGAAUUUGAAGCUUUCACAGGAUGUAGCUGGUUGUCAAAGUCCAUUUUUAACAGUGUUACUGAUAGAUUAUCAAACAGCUACACAGAAAAUAUUGGUUUGCUGCAGCCCGUAACUCCACCAGCUGCAGAAUCAUCAGAGCACAAGUCUCUUUAUAUUAGAGUCAAGAAAUUAAAUGUUCCUGGGACAUCAUCUUGAAAUGAUUUAGUCCUUUAUUUAAGACUGGGAAAGAUGUUUUGUCUGAAAUAUUACUUCUAAUGUCAGUAGCUGAUAUACCAAGCAGCAGCGCUAAUCAGGAUGCAUUACGAUCUCACAUUCAGCUGCUGUUAUAACUAGAGUUAUAUCUGAAUCAGAGUCAUUGCAUGUUUGAAUACAAGAGGAAAUAUUGUGACUUAAAACUUUGAAGAACCUCUACACUAAUAGUUAUCAGUGGGUUAGGGAUACCCUCUAUUUUAGAGUGAUCAGUGUGAGUGAUAAUUCGAUGUGACCUAAAAUCCUCAGUAAAUCCAACAUUGAUCACACUUUGUCUUAAAUAAUGGAAAAAGGUGUCUUUGUUUUGUGUAGAUGGAGAGCUCUUUGCUGGGAUUACUUCAGACUUCAUGUGCAGGGACUCCGCCUUCUUCCGUAGUCUCGGCAACCGUCAUGUCAUCCGCACCGAGCAGUAUGAUUCCACUUGGCUGCAAGGUAGGUCUAAAAAAUUGAUAUCAAAAACCGAAAUAGAGAAGUAAGAAAGUCCCUCCUUCUGAAAACAAAUGCUGAAACGGAGCAAAAGUCACUUCUUAUAACCAAAUUUGAUACAGAAAGAUAUUACUUUAAGAUAAGAAAGUUGAUGCUGUGUCACUUUGGAGUUUUCACUUAGCAGUAGUCAUUUUUAUUGUGAAAAUACCAGAUAAAGAGGUUAAUAUGUCAGUUAUGUUUGCACUAUUUUGAAAUCAGCUUCAAGCAGCUGCUCUAAAAUACAUAGUUCAUCUGUUUCUAUGACUGUUUCUUAUUUCUUACCCCAACUUUAAUCCAUGAAACAUAUUCCUCUGGCUGUAAAGUGAAUGUUCUGAACUCCACUGAAGGUCUUUUGCCCUGAAUCUUUAUCACUUGAACCAUCUCCUGCACAUCCAGUUGGUGUUUAUCAGGCCAGUGUGUCAACGUCUGCUCCUGAUAACAACUAGAUACAUGUUGAUUCUUUCUGCUAUUUGUAAACUAAAGUGAACCUUCAUCGUCCCCUUGCUCUAUCUCCAUCACUCUGUAUACACUCUGACAUAUGAGAUUUAUAUCAACCAAGGCUGAUGGCGUUGCAGUUGAUUUUAUAGUUUACCUGUCUCCCUGUCUCUCCAUCCAGAUGCCCAGUUUGUGCGGGUAGCGCCACUGUCUGAAACUGAUAACCCAGAAGAUGAUAAGGUCUACGUGUUCUUCACUGAGCGUGCUCAAGAGGCUGAGGGGGCUGCUGGGAAGGUUCUUUACUCCCGAGUAGCCCGAGUGUGCAAGGUAUGGAGUGUGUUUGUUGAGAGACAGAUAGAAACCAGGUUUGUGUGUGUGUGUUUGUGUGUUUUUGUGUGUUUCAUAUCACAAACUGUCUUCAUGUAGUUUAUGUAAACCUGUUUGCCUGAACAGGUACAGUAUGUACGUGCCGCACACUGUGUGACUGCGUCUGAUAAUGUGUGUUUACAUAAAAAGAACUAUGUGUGACUAGAUGCUUCUUACAGCUCCUAUAGAUACAACUUUCACACCAAUGCAGAGAUCUGUUAAUGUUUCUCACUGGAUCUGUGCCUUCACUGUUCUGCUGCUACACUUUCUUUUCCUCUACUGAACAACUCUGAAACUGUCUCUUCAUGUAUGACCAAAUUACUGCAUUUGCAAACAUGACUUGGCAUUUUAUAUUAUACAUUAUGUUCUUUAAGUAUUUCAGUGCUGCAUGCAGAUCUUUGAUCUUGGACUAAUGAGCUACACAUACCUUCAUAGUUCCCCCUUUUCAAUUUCAGAGACUGAGGAACUGUAGAGGAAAAAGUGUUUUCAACAAAGUCCACAAUGUGCAGUGUCUGUGCAGCUGUGAAGCUCUCCGAUCCCUUUUUGCUCUCCUGUAGCAUUUGUUGUGGUGAGGUUUGGGCAGACCAUACAAGUACAUGAGAUUUAACUAUGGGACUGACCUGCUGCGAGCAGGCAAUUUUGUUAGGACUCUGUUAAUUUUCAAAUUAAAAAGUUAUUUUUUGAUUAAAGCAGCACUCCACAAGGUUUAUACAGUAUGUUUAACAGUGAACCACUAUAUUCUAACACAUUAAUACAUUUUUUUACCUUAUCUAUCAUCAAAUAGUAUGAACAAAGAGAAAGUGAAAAAGGAACAAAAAAAAAAAAGCAACAGACAUUCCAAGACAUGACAAAGGCACACAUCGAGAUGAUAUAAGGACAAAUAUAUAAGAAAUAUAGAAAUGAAAAGAUAAAUAGGUGAAUAAAUUAAAAUAAAUAAAUAGAUCUAACAAAGAAAUAAAGUAUAAAAAGAAGAAGAUUAAAAGUAAAAUAAUAAAAAAAACACAUUAAUACAGUGAAACCUAAUAAGGGAGAAAAAUGACAGAAGUGACCGGUGAGCCGCAUGUGUGUCCAGUGUGGGUUGCACAGAGACAGGGUCACUUGCUUCUAUGAUCAGAAAUUUCUGGGUGGUGUAUUGGUCAAAAUGGCGUGUAGAAAGCAGCUCACUUAGUCAAUUUUAAGAAGGAGUUAAAGGUGGGGCAGGAUCUGAGGAAGUGCCAGUUUUUAGGAGAAAUAUUGAAUGUAAACAGCUCCCCUUAGCUCCUCCUCUUCCCCCCGUCUCUGCUCCAGCAAGCCCCGCCCACAAACAGACACUCCUGCUCACUCGUAUCAUUUCAAUUAAAUAUAGAUAUAAUGCAGAUAAAUACUUCAGAUAAUUACAAAUGGAGCCCGGUCAACGUGAAAGUAAACAGCAUUGGAGCUACUGACAUAGUCCAGGACCCGAGGUAAACAGUUGAGCUGCGCUACAACACGCAGAAGGUCCCGUUUGACAAGAAACACUUCUGUUACACUUGGCUUACUUUGUUAAAGUGGUUUACCAAAAUUUUAAAUGUUGACUACACAGACAUAACAAAACACAGUGAUAUUAUAUUACCAAAUGUCAUCAAUAACUAAUAGCUACUGACUGAUAUUAUAAGCUUUUUUGUAUAUACACCACAAAAAAAGAUGCUUCUUUAACAGAAUCCUGCCUACCCCACCUUUAAGGUACGCCUCAUACACCAAAUUUUAUGGUAGGUGUUAAGUAGUGAAAUAUUUGUCUUUUGCAGUACAUAUACAUUACACCAGCCUGUAAUGUGAAGUCAUGUGCAAGCAUUUUAUUUGGAAAGAAAUUUCAAUUGAAAACCUUUAUAAACUAAAACUGUCAGAGCUGCAAAAACCAUCAUAAUUUGUGACUUCAGUCAUUGGCCUUGUUGUCUUUAAUUGGAUCCCUGCUGUCUUCCACUGAAAGGAUAAUCAUUCAGGGGUUUACAUGAAAACUUGAAGAAGUCAGAUCAAACUUCAGACAUUGUUGCAGUUUGGAUUAGAAAGAUCAGACUGGAUGAAAGCAACCUAAUCUUUUGUUCCAUUUUGCUGUAGAAUGACAUCGGGGGCCAGAGGAGUUUAGUGAAUAAGUGGAGCACCUUCCAGAAGGCUCGUAUGGUGUGUUCAGUCCCAGGACCUGACGGCCUACAGACACACUUCAAUCAGCUGCGUGAGUACAAAAGUCAUGUGACAUAAAACAUAUUACAUGAACAGUAAAACAAAUCAUAUCAGACAGGCCUGAAGAACCGGGCUCGUCAACAGCAGGACCUUUGUCUCUGAGAUCUUCAUAAAAGAGAAACUGGAUUCAGAGACUUAGCCAGGGUAUGUGUGUGUGCGUGCAUGAGUGCGUGCGUGUGUGUAAGUGUGAGACAUUAAGAGCUGUAACUUCUUCCCCAAAUGUUUUGAGGUUACAGAGGAAAGUUUGUACACUUCAGAAAACUCUGAAGAGCUCAGCCAAUGUGUGUGUGUGUGUGUGUGUGUGUGUGUCUGUUGGUAUGCAUGGCUCCACUGUUGCCACGGUGAUCAACAGCCCUGUCGGUCACCUUGGGUUCGUCUUCGUGUCUCAGCCUUGGUAACCAUGGCAACUAGCUAACAUUCAAUUGCUGUGGGUUUUAUUCAUUAUCAAGGAUUUGUGCCACUGUCCUGUUGGCUCAGUGUGUGUGUGUGUGUGUGUGUGUGUAAGUGUGUGUCAGGAGCAGGUUCUUGUAGGCGUUACUCUUUUUAUGUAUUUUGAGCAAAUUGAGCUGAAAGCGUCUAUCUGCUCUCUGGGUAGCAGUUGGAGGUUCCUGUAUUUCCACGGAGGUGUCCUUAAUCACUGAGUGUUGUAUUAGAAUUUUAUCUAAUUCUAGUACAUAUCAAGUACCUGUGAUGAUUUUUUUGAGUGUUAUUUAGAUGAAUCCAGUGACAUUAGUCUCUAAAUCAGAGAGCCAAAUGCACUGCAGCACUGUCAUUAUGCGUCGAGGGGCUUUUGCAUCACACAUCUGAUUUAAAUCUUGUGCAAUCACCUAAAACAUCACUUAAACCCAGACUCUUUCACUACAUGGCAGACUGCAUGCUUGAAUUAUGAGAUUUUAAUAUGUUGAUUCAAAAACGUUCCCCCUUGCCUUUUGAAAGAGCACCAUUAUUCAGGAAUCGGUAUUUGGUGAGAUUUGAUCAGAGGACCAGUCUGGAGAUGCCAGCAGAACUGUCAGCUACCUCUGUGUGAAAAGAUACAUGAUCACCUCUCAGCUGCAUCUCUCUCCUGUGUCAUAUUGCUGUGCUGAACUUUAGUACAACGAUACUACUGUUUCCAACAGGGUUAUUGCCUUAAAACUAUGGUCUAAGAUCUGAAAACCAGUUUUGCUGUUUAGACAGAUUUGAAAAUCACAGCCUCCCCCCCAUUCAAUCAGCAGCAACGCUAGCUUCGAAAACAACUCAGGAUGUCUAGGUCGGAUUCACAGAUUCACAGUGCGAUCAAAACCAUAUAUUAGCGGGGCGAAGCGGGUCUGGUGUCGCCACUGCUAGCAGGUCAGAGCAAAGCCGAUUGUGGGUGAGGCUUUACCUUUCUUGGCUUGUCUUCACCAGCUCAGUUUACAAUGCUCAAGAUGCGUGGCUAACUUAGAAUAGAAUAGAAUAGAUAGAAUAUUCCUUUAUUGAUCCCCAAUGGGGGAAAUUUUUUUGUCACAGCAGCUUCACAGACAAAGUGCAAAAAUGCAGUUAUAACAAUAAAGAUCGUAUAUUAAGAACUUAAAUAAAUGUUCUAAUUAAGAAAAAAUUUAGAAAAGAAAAAAGGGAGAAGAAAAAUAAAACUAUAUACAAUAUACACAAUUUAAGUACCAGAAAAAAAGUGGUGGUGUGAGUCCAGUUUUAUUGCAGUUCAUUGUAAAGUCUUAUUGCAGAAGGGAGGAAUGACCUGCGGUAGCACUCCGUCUUGCAAGGUGGGGUUCACAGUCUGCUGCUGAAGGAGCUGCUUAAGAACCCCACAGUCUGGUGCAGUGGGUGAGAGGGAUUGUCCAUGAUAGAUACAAGCUUUGCUAACAUCCUCCUCUCACCCACCUCCUCCAGGGAGUUCAAGGAGAAGUCCAGGACAGAACUGGCCCUCCUGACCAGUCUGUUCAGUCUCUUCCAGUCCCCCUCGGUGCUCCCUGCCCCCCAGCAGACCACUGCUUGAAAAAGUGCAGAUGCUACCACAGAGUCAUAGAAAGUCCCGAGCAGAGUCCUGCACACUCCAAAGGACCUCAGUCUCCUCAGCAGGUGGAGACGACUUUGUACAGGAUGUCUGUGUUUGUUGACUAGUCCAGUUUAUUGCUGAGGUGGACACCCAGGAAUCUAUAGGACUCCACCAUCUCAAUGUCCAGACCCUGGAUGUUCACUGGAACAGUCUGAGGUGUCCUCCUCCUGUGGAAAUCCACGACCAUCUCCUUUGUCUUACAGGCGUUUAGCUGGAGGUGGUUUGUGCCACACCAAUUGACAAAGUCAGUGAUGACAGUCCUGUAUUCCCGCUCAUCCCCUUACGAUACACAUCCCAGAGUUGUAGCUGAAGUCCGCGGUUUACAGGGUGAAGAGGAAGGGGGAGAGCACUGUCCCCUGUGGAGCCCCCAUGCUGCAGACCACCAUGUCGGAUACACAGUUCUGAAGCCUCACAAACUGUGGUCUGUCUGUGAGGUAGUCCACAGUCCAUGCAGUUAGGUGACAGUCCACUCCCGCCCUCUCGAGCUUCCCCCUGAGCAGUGAAGGCUGGAUGGUGUUGAAAGCACUGGAGAAGUCAAAAAACAUGACCCUCACAGUGCUGCCGGUGUUCUCCAAGUGAGCCAUGGACCUCUGCAGCAGGUAGAUGACAGCGUCGUCCACUCUAAUGUUUGGCUGGUACGCAAACUGCAGAGGAUCCAGAUGAGAGCUCACCAGGAGGCGGAGGUUCCUCAGCACAAUCCUCUCCAGAGUCUUCAUCAGGUGAGAAGUGAGGGCCACAGGUCUGAAGCGGUUGGGCUCCCUGGGGUGUGCUGUCUUGGGGACAGGAAUCACGCAGGAAGUCUUCCACAGUGUUGGGACCCUAUCCAGACUCAGGCUCAAGCUGAAGAUGUGCAGUAGCACCUCACAGAGCUGGUCUGCACAGUCCUUCAGGAGUCUGGAGCUGAUGCCGUCAGGACCCGUGGCUUUCCUUGGCUUCAUCUUCCUCAGCUCACUUCUCACCUGGUCAGCUGUCAUGGAGAGGCUGGGGGUGGUGCUGGAGGGGGUGGUGGAGGAUGAGUGGAUGGGGGGUGAUGAUGCCAGUGCCAUAGAACUGAAAUGGUGUACAGAAAAAGCAGACGGGUCGUUGGUUUGAUGAAUCGGGGGAGGAGUGGGAGCAUAGUCAAAUCUAUUGAAGAACAGAUUUAGCUUGUUGGCCCACUCCCUGUCUCCUGCUCCAGGUCCCCUCUCGUGGCCCCUGCUGUGACCUGAGAUGGAUUUCAGGCCUCUCCAGACCUCCCUUGCGUUGUUCUGUUGCAGAAGGUUUUCCAUCUUGGUCUUGUAGCUGGCCUUCCCCUCUCUGAUCUUCUUCUUCAGCUCCUUCUGCACCCUCCCAGCUCCUCCCUGUCCCCGGAUUUAAAGACCCUCCUCUUCUCCUUCAGGAGGACUUGAAGUUCAGGGGUCACCAAGGGUUUGCUGUUGGAGAAACACUACUUUCCUGGUGGGUACGGUGUUCUCAACACAGAAGUUUAUUCAAUCUGUGAUGCAAUCUGUCAUGGUGUCUAUGUCAUCACCAUGUGAGCCGCACAGUACAUCCCAGUCUGUGGUCUCAAAACAGUCCUGCAGAACCUCAGUGGCCUCCUCAGACCACCUCUUAACAUACCUGAUGGUGGGGGGUUGUUUCUUCACCAUAGGUAUGUAAAUGGGCUGCAGUCUUACCAGGUUGUGAUCUGAGCGGCCCAGCGGGGGAGAUGUAUGCAUCCUUGGUGUUUGCAUACAGUUAGUCCAAAGUUUUAUUGUCUCUUGUUGGGCAGUUUACAAACUGGCUGAAGGAAGGGAAAGUGGAGGAGAGACAUGCAUGAUUCAGGUCUCCAGAGAUGAUGAUCAGAGACUGAGGGUGUGAUGUUUGUAGCUUGGACACUUCACUAUGAAGGAGUUCACAGGCUGCAGCAGCAUCAGCCGAGGGGGGGAUGUAAACAGUUAACGCGAUGACGUGCGAAAACUCCCUCGGCAGGUAAUAUGGCCGCAAACUCACAGCCAGCAGCUCAAUGUCCUCAGAGCAGCGCUGCUCUUUAACACUGACGUGCCCAGCAUUACACCAUCUCUCGUUCACAUACACCGCUAUCCCGCCUCCUUUCCUCUUACCACUCUCCCUCACGCUCCGGUCCGCUCUGACGAGAUGAAAUCCAGCCAAAGUUAUGAGUGGGUCCGGAGUGAGUUUGUUCAGCUAUGACUCCAUGAACAUCAUGAGGCUGCACUCCCGGUACUCCCAAUGCAGCCGAGUCAGCGCUGUGAGCUCUUCCAUCUUGUUGGGGAGAGACCUCACGUUUCCCAUGAUGAUGGACAGGACAUUUGGCUUAAAACGUCUCCGCUUCGCCCGAUGCUGAACUCUGGCCCUGCAUCAUCUCCUUCUCCUGCGGAGCUUGGCGGGGAUGUCUGGUCUCUCCCACGAAGGUGGCCGGGUUUGGCACAGCGCCAACAGCUGUUCACGGAAAAAAACAACAAUAAGAAGGCAAAAACGUAAACUCUCGUAAACUUGCUGCCACUCUCAGGGCGCUCAGUCACUAACUUAUGCUAAAAUCUAUUGACAGAGCCUACCCGUUCCAACCAACAACGUUCAGUCAUUCGCCUCCCUUACUCAGUUACUCAGCAGACAUCUCCCACUGUAGUAAAUAAAGUAAUUACCUGUUCAACAGAAAUUUGGCUGCGUCAGUUUUCAGUCCCAAGUCCUUCUGCAGCUUUUUCCACCGGCCGUACAUUUCUCCAUUGUAGACUCUCCGUUGGCACCUGUAUCGCUCACAUUUCUUCCUUACUUCAGCCUUUUCCUCGAAACUUUUAUGUUUCCUUCUCUUCGAUGUGGAGGGUAACAGAAGCAGCCUCCUAGUUUCAGUGUUUGUCUUCUCCAUUACGCCUCAGUAGCUGUGCAGCUAGCCAAUUACAUACGUGAGGGGGGUAGUGGGGAGGAGGCGGGACCAUGGGCAGGACGGUGUGGAGCAGGGGAGACAGGGGAUUGGAUGGACUCACGUACCACUCUGGUGGUUCGGAUUGGUCGAUUGUUGUGCCUUUUUGCAGCAGAUAUACUGAAUGGAUUUUUUUUCGUUCUUUUUGAUCUUUAUAUUGCAUAGAUGGGACCACAACGGCCUCCAAAUCCAGGGUGAUGUGCUGAGAGUGGUUUUGGUGCCACUAUAAGUGACUUGCACCUACCUUGAAGCAUGCUGAUCUUCUUGGUCACGAAGAACACAUUCAGGAGUGAUCAUGUUUGAGAGCCAUGCUGUUGUCAGUUUAAUGGAGAUGGUUUGAGCAGCUUUCAUUUAAAAGCUGAUAGCAGAGGAUGGUUUCGAUCCAUCGACCUCUGGGUUAUGGGCCCAGCACGCUCCCGCUCCGCCACUCUGCUGACAGUCACCCCAGAUGGGACUCGAACCCACAAUCCCUGGCUUAGGAGGCCAGUGCCUUAUCCAUUAGGCCACUGGGGCUCACAUCAGUGUCAUUGACACAACACAAACAAUAGACGUAUAUUGUCCAAACGUCCAGCAGAGCAAAAAUGGAAAGAGAGAAAGGGUUGGGGCACAUAAAGCAGUGAGCCAACAUAAUGUGAAGAGCACUGAGAACACACAAUGUGAGACAAAAGCAGACAUAUAGUGAGGGAAUAAAGCUGGAGCUCAGCAGUCUUUGCCUGAAGCACAGACGGUUUUCUGCUUUGUCCUCUCUGAAAACCCACAGACUGUGUCAGUGUAUUCAAAACUGAAUGGAGUCAUGCUGACAGCAGCAAGAGAGACUGAAAAUGCUUCACAUCUAAUCAGACAGUUCAAUAUUUAACUUUCCUCAGCAGCAACAAUUAGGAAUAUGACUGAGGGGAAACUAGUCCAGUGUCACUACUGCUACUGUGACAUGAAAACUGAAGCAAAAGAUCCAGCAGUCAGAGAUCUGCUGUAGCUCUGUUAUAUCCUUUAACCACUCAACACAAACCUCUCCCUCUCUCUCUCUGUCUCCCUCUCUCUCUCUCUCUCUCUCUCUUUCUCUCUGUCCUCUCUCUCUCUCUCUCUGUCCUGCCACCCCUGAUAUUUAGAGUGAUGCCGUCUGUCCUCUAUUAUGCAUCUGUAACUUUUACUACAAUGCUAGCUAAGCAGCCCUACCAUUCCCUCUGAAAAUGUUUUCCUGUACAGACAAGCCAUAAGAACGGCUUAACAGUCCAGCCUAAAAUGGGAACCAUAAAAGUGGAUAUCAUUAUGUGGCCCCCAGCAGCUAGUACUCAGAUGUUGGCACAGCUAUGAAACCACUUGGUUGUCUCACCUUCAGACUUCCUCUCCACCACUCAUCUGUCUGUCAUCUUGAUUCGAUUUGAACCAACAGACCUUGUAGCCCUCUCUUCAUCUAUGAGGCCACUGGGGCUCAAAUGCUUUUACUGCGGCUUAGGAGAGAAGCAUGUGAGAGAUGCAGAUAGAGAACAGUGAAACAGUGGUGGAGAAUUUUUGAGACCAGACUGGUUCCUUAUCUCAGCUGUCUUUGUAAACAGACAGCUCUCAGGGUAAAAGACGUGACUCCUCUCUUCACACACAAACACACACACAAAUAUGCACACCUUGGAGCUGUUACACACAUCCUCCAGCCUCAGCCUGUCUGUGUACACAAGGAAGUUCUGACUUGUUAGGAGCAUAAACAUUUCUACCCAGCAUGCCUCUGACCACGUUUUUCACAGCAGAAACACAGCAGAUAAGGGUCCAUGAAAUUUGUUUGUGAAUGCACUUCAGACACACAGGCAUACAGACACAGACACACACAAACACACACACGCAAAACCACAAACCCAUAUGCAAGAGAUCAACCUGUCAGGUUAAGAAUGCUCUCAGAGUGGUGUUUAUGACAUGCUCCACCACACAGAAACACUACAAAUCCCAGAAACCCUCAACUGUCUGCGGGUCCAUAAUAGCAGGACACCUGGAUUUCACUCUGUGUGUAUGUUUGUGAUAAUGGUUUCAUUUUUCUGAAUUUGAAGAGCACAAAAGAGAGAAAACAGUCACCUGACCUAAAUCAAACAGGAGCCGCCCUGGGAAAUGUAAGGAUAAGCUCAGGAGAGGUCUGAGUAUUUGGGUUACAAUCUGUGAGGAGGUUUGAUACACAUCCAUCCUGAUUCUAAAAAUCAUACAGCUCAUUAGCUUGACUAUACAUGACGAUAAAUCUGAAUUAAGCAUAUUGUUUUUGAAAGAUUAACACUGAUUUAAAGCUCGCUAACAAUUGCUCUGCUUCAGUGAGCACAGACAAAUCACUGCUCUGUCUCUUGGUACAUUUUUGAAGCUGUUACAUAUUUGAUACAGUUUUUUAAGCAGCUUCACAGACUGAUUUGUUUUAAUGAGCAUGUAGAUGAAAAUUAACUGACUUGUGAGUUUGCAGGUUGUGAUUGAUUUGUGAUGUGUCAUGCUCUUCUGUUGAUGUAACUCACUGGUGAAAUUGCGUGUUAAGCAUCACUGAACUACAAUUACUCCAAACCCAACAGUCAGGUUGAAGUAGUUCCUGUUUACUGUUUCCUCUCUGGUGGAGGACAGGCGUCCCUCCUGAAACCAGUCAAAGGAGUCCAGCUCACAGGAAAGGACUCUCUGCUGUUUACUGCUGCUUCCCCUGUUGUGGUUGUUGUUGUGCAGAAGAGACAUGCUAUGAGGUUUUGGAGUAGGAAGAAGAUAGUCCUUUGUGGCCAGACACAGUGUCAUAACACCAGAGACAAAGAGGUAUUUUCAUGCAUUUUGAGUGUCUAUUUCUGUCUGUGCGUGUAAGAUUUAAUGUUCCAGACAUAAGACAGCACCCAUUUCCUCAUCACUACAUCACCCACUGCUGCUGGAAAGGAAUAAAGAAGUGCUUUUGUUGUGGAGGACGUCACAGCAAAAGCGUGGGACUAAACCGACAAAUGAGUGUUGCUUCUAAAUAAGUGGAAGUGAGGAGAGAAAGGAGGACACAGAGUAUGAAGUAUACUUUUUAUUUCAUAGGAAAACUUUAACCAGUGGGGCUCAGGAAGCCAAAGAAAGUCUGACAAACUACAGAGGCUCGAGUUUGAAGAUGACGUCUGCUAAGACUAGGGAGAAAUCAUUUGGAUGAUUUAAAAAAUUUAUAAACAGGGGAGGAAUUAAACAGGGAGACAAAGGUUAAAGUUAGGACAUAAUAUACUGCACAGCUAAUGUCACUAACCAGGUGAGAAGUGCAAAAAGUUUGGAUCCAAAUCAGGGAUGUGUGUGUUUAGUUGACUAAAAGAUUUAACAUCCUCAUCAUCCCUCGGUGACACAGGGUUAAUGAUUUAGUUUUAGUAGGCCUACAUAAUUUUUUACUUUCACUGAAAUGCCACAUUUACCAAUGGACAUAGCAGCACAGAGAUGAGGGUAGACCUGAAUACUGACAGGCUGAAGCAGCAGGAAAACACUGCUGAAUGGGUUUAAAAAGAAUGAAAAAAAAAACAACAAACAAACAAAACAAAACUGAACUUCAUCUGUGGUUCAAGAAAGACUAUAAAGAUGAAGACUCAUGCAAUGGUGGGAAAGAUUCACAAGCGUGACAUGCCAAAGGGAUUCCUCAGCACAUGAUUUCAGCAUCAAUCGGCACCACAGUCUCCCCAAAGUGGAUCAGAAAGUCCAGAGAACUUUACAACACAAUGAAUAACAACAGCAACAACAACAACUGCGGGGACUCUCCAGAGGCCUGUACUAUGAAGCUGGAUUAACACAUCCAGGGUAACUCUGCCACAACUCGCUCAAUUUCACCAGAUCUCCGUAAUGCUGAUCAGCUGUACUACAAGGCAGGAUAUCAACUCCUUAACUGAAUUAAAUUGUGGCCAGUCUAGAUCUGUACGCGCACAGGUAAACAGGGCGAGGUCAGUGCCACCAAACCAAACUCCACAAUGGAGAAGGCUGUGCGUCAUAUUUCACCGCCGGGGAACAGAGCACUAUUUUCCACAAAUAUGAGGAGUAAUAUUGCAUUAAACUGGUAUUUAAUUAUUGUUAAACAGUGGACUGGAGCGAUGCCUAACCAAUGCAAGCUGGUCGUGCUAGCUCUGCUAAUGUUAGCCUCUUUUUGAAGCAAACCAACUGGACUUCAUUUACUAUCAGACUCUGAGAUACUGUGCUCAUUUUCAUCUGCUUUCUGAGUGUUUUUUUACAUCUUGACUUGUCAAAUAGUGCCGUUAAAUUUGUGUUCACAUAACCACGACACCCGUUGCUUAAAGUGAUAAGUAUAUAUAAUCAUUUAGGUCAAAGUAUAAAUUAAACUUAAACUAUUAUGACAGGUAGAUAAAACCUGGCUCGUUUGCAGAGCAUUAGAUUAGACAGAACUUUAUUGAUCCUUUUGGGAAGGAAAUGUCAGCAGCAACAGAAAAAACAAACAAACAAAAAAACCAGAAUGAUCAAAUAAGUAAGAAAUAAAAAUACAAUAUAUAUCAAGAAUGAAAAUAUUAAAAAAAAAACAGAUAAAUUGACUAUUUACGUAUCAAAAGUAAGAUAUAAAGCUAUGGAAAUUUGCACAUUACUGUUAAAACAAAUACUAUAACUACUACUACUGUUGCUGCUCCUUCCCAUCCUCUGUCCUCCUGUUACUCCUCCUCUCCAGAGAGGAGUUGUACAGUCUGAUGAAAUGAUUUGGCACUUGGCAACCACGGCCUGAUAAAACAUUCACAGGAGUUUUCUGGAUGUUGAGAAGACCACAGCCUCCUUAGGAAGUACAGCCUGCUCUGUCCUUCCCUGUACAGGUGGUCCAUGUUUAAUGUCCAGUCCAGCUUGUUGUCCAGCCACAGUCCAAGGUACUUAUAUGAGCCUACAGCCCCCACCUCCGCUCCUUCAAUCAGAACUGGCCUUGACCUUGGUCUGGGCCUCCGAAAGUCAAUGACCAGCUCCUUGGUCUCCUUGGAGGUGUUGAGGUACAGAUGGUUCCUUUGGCACCCGGCAGCAAAAUCCCUCAAUAGGCCCCUGUACCCCUCCCCUCUGUCCUACCUAAUUCACCCAACGAUGGCUGUGUUGUCGGCGAACCUCUGAAUGUGACACAGAUAAGAGAUGUAGCAGAAGUCUACAGUGUACAGAGUGGUGAGGGGAGGGGCCAGCACCGUCCCUGUCCCUAUGUACUUCAACAAGUGAUUUGGUAUUUUAAAUCAGAAGUUCAGGCAGGCGACAGAGUACAGGAACUAUUCUGCCUUUGCUAAUUGAAUAAGUCAGUGAGAAAGGAUAAGCUAAAUCUAUGUUUUUCAGGAAUUUGUCAGUUUGGGGAGCUUUUGUUGUCCAGUGUUAAAGAAUUGUAAAAUGUUGAAAUUUCCCGUUUUUCUUGGAAAUAUGCUUUUAGUAGAAGACUUCAUAUUGACCCCACAGCCAUGAUGGAUGAAAACUGAGUUCAGGCCCAGCAGGUGUGACCUCUCGAAGAAGUUGAUGUUUCAUAGGCUGCAUUAUCUUAUGUGGGGGCUCUGUUGGCAUCGGCUGAUAAUAGACUGUGAAAAAGGGGGAUUAUGUCUCAGUCUAUUUAUGUACCAAGGAUAGAGGAGUUAUAUGUAACACUGAGCCAAAAGGACGCCUUACCCUGUCAGACUCAUCUGACGAAUGCUUUCCCACUAUUUACUGUGUAAUUACCUCAUCAACAAAAACACACUCUGUUUUCAGGAGAGAGAAAGCCUGUUUUGUGAUACUGAAUAUUAAAAUUAAUCAUGUUCUGACUCCUCCAUUCAGCUUUUCUAAUUUAUCAUAGGUUGUUUGACAAUGUUUGAAUGGAAGGCCAGUUCAUCAGAAGGAGAAACAGAGGAGGAAGUUAGAAGGGAGAAGAGGAGGAAGGAUGAGAGAGAGGGCAACAGAGGAAAGAUAAAGUGUUACAAGUAAGAGGAGGGUAGCGGUUACAGCACGAGGUGACGACUAGGCAAGAGAAGAAAGAAGGAGGAGCAGAUGAUGAAAAGAGAGGCAGAGAAGAGUAAGAAAGAGAAGGUCAAGGGGAGAGAAGUGAGAGGAGGAAUUGCUUACUUGGAAAAGGAGUGGGAAUAAAUUUGGACAAAGGACAAAAGAAAAACAGAAAAUGAAUGGGAUGAUGAAGAAAAGGUGGCUGCUAUUUAAAGGUCAGCUGAGACCCCUGAAGUGGAAAUGAACUUGGCAUGGGCAGAGUCGGCCUUUGUUUAAGCAGUGAUGUGGGACAGCUUCUCACUCUCCAUGUUUCCCCUGAGCUGCAGUGGCUUGAACUUGACAAAGGGGCAGGCACGCUAAAGUGGAAUAAGGUGACUAAUUAGCUGCAGAAACCCUCACCUAACCCUCACCCUCAGCUAAACAUUAAUUCAUUCAAUUUGGCAAUUACAUCUGACCUUCCUAUUUAUACUUAUCUGGUGGUUUUUAUACAGACUGUCGAGGUGUCCUUAUCAUCAACCAAGCUGUCUUUUUCUGUCGUGUAAAUUUCUCAAUCCGGCAUCAUACCACAAACAAACUCAACAGAAGGAGGUGGGGAGGGGAUUUAACAUAAUAUCAUGUCAGGGUUUGUAUAGGAGACACAAGAGAUUCAUUUUAAUCAUCAUUCGCUAUCAUGUUUAUUUUCAAGACUAGUAAUUCAAACCAUACAACCUAACAGAUUUUGACUGAGAUGAUUCUGUUUUGUAACUCAUGGUCUACUGGAAGUUGCAUGCUUCAAAAUAAAAACACAUUUUUACACUGCAACCUAAUACAGUUAAAUAUCAAAAUGACACUCAAUCCUUCAGCAAGCCAGUGUCUACUAUGAAAAGGCAGUUACAGUCACAGGGCAGAUGAUAAAUGCCAAAUUUGAAUAUCAUAAAAAAUUGACAAUGACUUGCAAGGUAAUUGCACUUAUGGCAUUAAAGGGAUAUUCUUGUGUAAAAUUAGGUUAUGGUCAAAUAUACUAUAACAUUGUGUUAGACACCCCCUCGAGAGACAAAUGAUGACGACUGCUUGCUUCUCUAGUUAUACCGACUUUAGCAACGACUGCAUGAUAGCAAUACACAGCAGUCUAAGUCUCCAUGCGUAAACCUCAACCAAAAAGCCACUCUAAAGCCACAGAUAAUGCUCAAAACAGCACCUAACUUCAUCAACAGUACAUAUAGGGUCCCAGCUGUAGUACUAGCCACCAAAAUCUUUUUCAGCUUUGCCUGGUUUCUUUAGCAAAGAGACUAAACACAACUCACCCACUCUCCUCUAGCAGCUGCUUGUUUGUGGGGAAGCCCUGACGAGUUGAUCACCGAGUGCAGCAGAUCAUUUCCAUAAAGUAAUAAUCAUCAUAAUAAUCAUUUUGUACUGCAGACGUGAUAGUUCUUCUGCCUUAGCGUCUUGGUCUGAUUGUAUUUUCAAGAAGUAAUAAUCAUAGAUUUUCUGCUGCACUCGGUGAUCGACUCAUCAGGGCUCCCCCACAAACAAGCAGCUGCUGGAGGAGAGUGGGUGAGUUGUGUUUAGUCCAUUUGCUAAAGAAACCAGGCAAAGCUAAAAAGAUUUUGAUGGCUAGUACUAUGUCUGGGACCCUAUAUGUACAGUUGAUGAAGUUAGGUGCUGUUCUGACCAUUAUUUGUGGCUAUAGAGUGGCUUUUUGGUUGAGGUUUGUGCAUGGAGACGUAUAUGUAAACCGCUGUGUAUUGUUAUCAUGCGGUCAAUGCUGAAGUUGGUAUAACUAGAGAAGCAAGCAGUCGGCAUCAUUUAUCUCUGAAGGGGGUGUCUAACUCGAUGGUAAGGUAUGUUUGACCACAACUUAAAUUUACGCCAGAAUAUCCCUUUACUUUACACCAUAACUUUACCUUGCUCUCUUCCUGUCUUUCCUUAGUUUGACUGAUUGUGAUGUUUUAUUUCAAAGUUUUCCAUGAAAUAUUGUGACACUGUUGUUAUAGUAACAUUUUAUGGCCAUGCUAAUCGUGAGGUGACAAUCUGAUACUCUGUCGUAUUCAUACAAGCCAAAUCAGCUGUAGUGGUUUAAUCUUGUUUUAUUCUGCAUGAUUGUUAUCCGACCGAGGUUAGCAUUCAAACACAAACUUAAUUAGUUGUGAAAUGAUUUACACUACAGAGUUAGUAAGCAUUUUUAGUGAUUCAUUUUAAACUGAGCAUGCAUGGUGGAUUUCCAUUGACAUGUUUGUUUAGCCCAGGGUCUACGCUGGAGCACUUUGUGCGUUGAAAUGACACUUUGCCACUUGGAUUAGGUGGGCAAGGAGAAAAAAGUCAACACCAAAGAGAAAGUUAGAAGAUCUAUUUGCAGACCAUGCAUAAGUCAUUGAAGGUGAGUGAUAUGAAGAAAAGCUGGAGGAGUGUGAGGCUUGAUCGUAGGUCAGUGGUGUGAGGGAAGAAGAGGGGAACUAGGUUAAUAAGAAAGAAUGGUGCAGAUAGAGAGAUGGACGCUGAGGGGAGGGGCAUAGAAGACAGCAGGGAGGAAUUUACCAGAGGGCAGAAGGGAUUGAUUUUUUAAUUUCUCCUCAUUUAUGAUGAGAGACAGACUCUAAGUCUUUUAAAAUGUUAAAUGUAUAAUCAAAUGUAUUCAUGUAUUUCAAAGAUAUAACAGGAAACAGUUUUUAGGUCCUCAAAGGUAGAGCACUUUCUCAGAUGGAGGUUAUAAAAUGGAAAGUUUUCCUCCAAAAUAAAACAAAAACACAGAGUUUUAUUGCUGAUGUAAAAAUACUGGUAAAUCAGCUCUGUUUUUAAAAUUGGCAUUGAGAAAGACCCGUGAAAGUAAUGGUGUCCUUUGGUGCCACCUUGGACGAGUAGACAGCCCUUAAUGGAUUUCUCAGUCUGUACAUUAAUGCUCAAAUUGAAGGAGACGUCAAUCUGGGGAUAGCAGCAGUGGCCGGAGGGGAAAAUACAGCAUGUGUCAUGGAGAAAAAAGAUGUUGUGGCUGAAGGAAUAGGGCCAAUAGCUGAAGGGGUUUAGGAACCAGACGAGAGGGAGGCAGGGUUAUUAUGGAGAAAUUACUAUAAGAUGGCCAGGAGGACAUAAAGACAGGGAUUGUGGUCAGAAAAAUGACCAGGAGGAGGAGGAGGAUGUAAGCAUUCAGGUUGACUGGACUGGAGAGGAAAGAGGGAGCAGUGGAGAAAUGAGGGGGAUGAGGGUGAUCGCCGAGGGGGCUACGGCCAGACAAUUAGGAAGAGGAGGAGGAGGAGGAGGAGGAAGAUAGGGACUGAGGCUGUAGGUCUGCGGGCUAGACAAGACUAUCUGCCCUCAGGGGAACAUAACCUCUUUUUUUUAGAGAGAGAGGAAGACACAAGAACAAUCCUCCGGAGAAAAUAGGCCAGACAGACAGAUGGACAGGGAGAUGGAGAGAUAGCGGGGAGGGGGAUUGGUGAAAGUGAGAAACAAAGAGAUUGAGAGACUCUUGGAGGGAUCCAGGUGGAUUUGAGUGGAGAGGGAGGUGGGAUGAGCACCUGAUGAGCAGAUAAAGAGACUGAAAGAAAAAGAGAAGAGGAUUUAGACAAAGAAAAGCAGCUCAGGAUGAGGGAUUACUGCUAUAGUGUAAGAUAGUGGCCAGAUGUUUGACAGUAAAAGAGAAAGAAGUUACGGUUAAAAAGAUAAAUAGAGAGAAAAAAGGAGGACAAUAGCUUGUUUUUCAUCAAGAAUUGAUAGUUGUUGACUAAAUCUGCACUCCUUCAAACUUAAACGUAUUAAAUAUUCAAGCUUUCACCAUGACUCUCCAGGUCAGAUUACUUUACGGACAGAAGCAGAUUAACCUCAUUAUUCCUACUAUCAGUGCUUGUCAUAAAAAGUGUGUGUGUUCGUGCGUGCGUGCAUGCGUGCGUGCGUGCCUGUGUGAAUGUGGGACUUGUUUGUUCUCACCUGUUAAAGAAUAAUCAGUAAAAUAAGUCAAACUGAUGACAACUGUAGAAGUGUGGUGGAACAAAUCAGUCCUGAUAUAAACUUGUCAUGGAGCAAUAAGAGGAAAGUCUGUGCUGAGCCAAGCAGAGCUGUAAAUAACGUCUUCCUCUUCAAAGUCUCUAAAGGAAAAUGUUGUUCUGUGGGCGUCUGCAAAGUUUAACUGUGUUUUCUUAGGAAGCCGUGUGCAGAGUGAGGUGUUGAGAAGAGAGACAGUCUGAUAACUUCAAGCAGACAGCAGAAACUCAGAGCUUUCCCCUGCAGGGUUUGACAAAGUUUGAGUCAAGCUAAUGCAAUACUUUUUAAAAAUUCAACUGAAUAUAUUUGCUUUAACAUGCAGGUGUAUGCUUAGCUUAAAAAGGCAGCACCCUCACUUAACAGUAAAAUAAGUUUUUUUGGCCAUUGCUUGGUUCUUUGGAUGUUUUAGCCAUGCCAGCAUUUAGGUCAAGUCAGUCUAAUAUGCCAACCAAGAAGGAACAUACGUAUAUGAAUAAAUCAUAAUCUGCUUCUGGAGGCUGAUUGCCAUAAGCUUUCCUUUAUUUUUCCCUUCUUUGAUAUGUGGUAUAUCAUGUGUGUACUAAAGUUCACAAUAGGGAAAGAAAGGCAAAGAUAAACAUAUCUUUGACUUUAGGUACUAACACAUUCAGACUGAAAUCACCUUAAAGUCUAAAAUAUACAGGAUCAGUAUUGGGCGAAUUCUGUCAGCAGCAAAUAGGUUCCCAUUCUAAUCAAUGCAGCAUCGCACACAGGACGCGUAUCAGCUCCGUCUCAAAAGCGUGUCAAGUGCUGCUCUGCUAAAAUUAGGUGCCAAGUCUAUUUUUGCCGCUCUAUGCUUCGAACAGGUGUCAAUCUUUAAAGAGAAGAUCAUUCUAGGCAGAAUGUCAAGCACGAAAACCGUGCAUGUCAUCCGGUAUUUCAAAAUAAAACACCAUAUGCGGACUCCUGACUGUGUGUCAGUUUGUGUAGAUGAGAAAUACUUCCUGGUUAUGGAUUUAUCGGUAACACAGAACAAUCUGAUGGUCAAUCACUGAUCCAUGUGGACCCUAACAGGACUUUUAACAGCUAACUCUGUUCGAAGGUAACAGCACAGCAGAAAGGAACAUAGUUUACUUUAUUAAACACAAGUAAACCUGUAAAAACUGAAACUGUAAAAUUAUGUUGCUUUAUCACAUACAGUUGAGGCUCAACAGUCACUGAAUUGUAUCCAAAUGAGCAGGAAAUAGACCAAAGAAAGGAAAAACAUCCUGUUGUGAGUGUGUUGUUUCCUCUAUACUGAGCCCAGCUGACCGGGCCUGCACUACGCUGCUGCUACGCUCCAAAUACGCACCCUGCUUGACAGAGCAGAUAUGCAACGCUGACAGAAUGCGCUCAAUACGGAUCCUGUGUGUUUACGGCUUUAAUCCAUACAACUGUGGUAUAACUGAUGCAACUGACAUUGCAGAUCAGACUGUGAGUAUGUGAAAAUCAAAUCAUACAUACAUCCUCCCAUCAGCAACAACUUGGUAUAAUGUUACAGAUAAGCCAUGAGCAGGUGAAACUCUUAGUCCUCUGGGAUGGAAAAAGUUGAUCAGCAAUUCUUUUUUCCUCAUCUCUAAUUACUUGAAGAUUGAAAUAUUAUUAACCCCCUUUAACUUAGAGAAAAACAGACAUGGGUUAUGCUAUUCAUACCCUCAUCAGUGUGUUGCAGCCAUUCCUUUUUUCGGUAUGUAAAAGGUGAUUCCUAACUAUUUGAUAAUAUGUAUGCUUGUAGAUAUGCAAAUACAAGUCUCUUUUUUUUUGGUUGUUUUGAAGGAAUAACACUGCAAUUAUCAGCUGAUAAGUUAUUGGAGUAAAUGUUGCCCCCUAGAGUUACACGACAGCUAUGGUGUCCAUUAUUAACCCAGUACUCCUGGCAGGUCAGUAACAUUUUUGGCACAGUUUUUGGGAUCAGAUUAAAAAAAGUGUUUGUCCAAAAGUGAAUCAUUUGCAUUGCUUAAUGCCUUGGUAAUGCAUUCCCUGCUCUAGAUAGAGUUAUCCUGCAUGGCCAAAAUGCUGAACCAGCUAGCAUAUGUCCUCAGAACAUCGUUUUCAUGGUGAGCAAUUUUUGAAUGCUGUGUUAGCUUUUAUCUCAAUCUAAUUUCACAGCUGUAUGGCUGUUGAGUCAAAGUCUUGUGGAUUUCAUUUUUGAAAGCAUGUCUAUGUCAUAGAAACCUGAUUGAGUGUUUCUGUCUUCAGAAAAACCCAUUUUUCUUCAGUAAACUCACUCACAGUAUGUCAUGAAAAAAUAAAUGCUGUCACAGGGAGACCUCGUCUUCUUAUUUCAGUGAAAGUCAUUUAAACUAAAUGUAGUCCUGUAAUAAUUUGCCUGUGUUUUGUGUCCUUGCUUAGCUUUACAGCAUCUGUAAGACAUUUUAUUCAGAGACAUCUCAGAGAUCUCACUAUUCAGCCAAAUGAAUCUGGACUCAAUGUACCCGUCUAGACUCUUUUUGACCUGCACUUUACCUUUCAAAGGCUGUGUGAAAAGGGGAUUUUUUUUUUUGGUUGCAAAGUAAAAACUUCUUUUGGUUAUGACCAUAUAAGAAUCUUUACAAACCUGUGAGUCCAUUUAUUUUACAUUCCCCGGCUCAGACAUGUGUUCAGCAGACAAACUGCACCAACACUUUGUCAAUGAGGCCGAACAUAGCUUUGAUAGGGGAUGAUUAGAGGUUUAGUGCAUAUUUGGGCUCUCUAAUGAAUGUUUCUUUCUUUAUUUGAUCACAGUCUGAUAUACAUGUUUCCAUCAGGCUGACUGUAAAAGGGUCUGUCUUUCAUCAGUGCCAAAAUGGCUUCCAUCAGGCUCACUGUAAGGCUGUAAAACUUCGCAGGUUUAGAUUUAAAUCUUCUGAUGCCCUUCUUUUGACUCCGGCUCAUCCCUCCUCUGAAAAAAAAACUUUAGAUGAAAGCAUCCACCAAACAGCAUAUAUAUCAUCCAGAGUAAUAAAGCAAAACUGCAGAAAAAAACUCUAUAAAGAGAGGACAGGGGGUAGAAAAAGGAAAAGGGAGCGAUAUUAAAGGAUUUGAUUAAUGACAGGGGAUGAAAAAGGAGGGGCAUUCUUUGGAGGGAGGGAGCUGAAAGAAAGCUAGCUGGAAAAGAUAAGAAAGAGGAGGCUGAAAAAAAGAGAAGGCAUGGCAAACUGUAUAAUUAAAUCAUGGCAGAGGAGAGGGUUUGAACAGAAUUAGAGAGAAAAAUAACCCCACAAACUCAGAGACAUCUGCAUUUUUAUUUUAAAGGGAGGGAGUGGUGGAGAAGACAGAUCAGGAAAACUUAAUAAUGAAGGAGUGAUAUAUUAAAUAAGGGAUGGAUGGAGGGAGAGAGAGAGGGCGGGAGGAAUGAUAAACCCCGCAGGCUGCCAACUACGCAUAGUCCUUUCUGCUCUGCCUUUAGGAGUCUGGGGAUUGUAUGUGUGUGUCUAUAUGUUCAUAAGCCUCGGUGCAGUUUAACACAGCAGUGUGUGUGGGUGUGUUGGAACAUGCAUGUGGCCGUAUGAUGAGUAUUGAUGUGUAUGCACCUCUGAUUCUUUCAGUGUGUGUGGCAAGAAUGAGUUUGUAAAGUGUGUGUGUGUGUGUGUGUGUGUGUGUGUGUGUGUGUGUGUGUGUGUGUGUGUGUGUGUGUGUGUGUAUGUGUGCGGGUGUGUGUGUUUGUGUUUGAUGAGAUGAGAUUAGACUUCCUGCAGGGUUUCAGUUCCGUGGAGGCCACCUGAAGCAGCAGGAACGACGAGAAUGUGGGAGCACUGAUAUGCUUCGCUGUGUCUGUCACCACAAUAACAUCUUUGCCUCAUCGUGGGAGAGAAGAGGAGAGGGGAGGAGGGGGAAGACAAGAGAGAAAAGAAAAGGAGGGAAGAAAGGAAACUAGGAGAGAAGAGUAGAAAAAGGCAGAGACAUGCAGAAAAAUCCAAACCUUAUGUUCAAAAUCUUCUCCAAACUUUGUCACAGCAAAGGUCGCCAAACUUUUUGUAUUUCAACAUCAACCUGAGUACUUUCUGAGUGAAACAUCUUUAAAGAGACUCUCUGAGUGUGUUCAUCCCACAGUUCUCAAGGAGCUAAGUCAAGUUGUGUAUUUAUAGUUUAUCACAGCGUGCCACACAGAAAACAAAGGGUUCUCUUCUCUACCGCUGUGAUGUGAUGAGAAAAACAUUCCCAGCUCUUAACUGAGACAGGAGCGCAAAAGAGAAAACUUUUGAUUUAGUGUGAUUUAAAUAAACAUUGAAAAUCAGGACUUUGUUAUCUGCUGCUGCUGCUGCUCUGACAGCAGGAAACAGAAUAAUACAUGGAUGACAAACCCUAAAAAUAUGCAGACAAAAGGCUGAAAAAUCCAGUGUACUUUGACAAAUAUGAUGUUAGCCUCAUAUGUAUGAAGUCCUAUGCAAGCCCUAUAGUGAAGUUGCACAAAGGUUAUAGCUGGAUCAGGUUACUUGGCAAGGACUACCAGACUUGUCGUGGUCUACAAGCAGCUGGUAAGAAUUGAUUUAUUGGCCUCUGCGAUUCUAUGUGGUUACUGCCCCCUCUCUGCUCAUUAACAGUGUGUUGUAAAAAAAAUUAACAAUUAAAAAUUAACCCAGACAACUUUACAGCUCUGUACCAUAGACUGUAUACAGAUUGUAUACUGCCUUCUCACUGAGUGAAGCCACUGCAAGAACAGCACCCUCUGGUGAUGGGCUGCGGUAUACGUAACAAAUCCUGCCUCCUCCAGCAAUCCCUAUGGAGUUGUGGACAAACUUUAGAAAUUUAUUACACAGAAUAUAAAUUUUUCUCCCCCCUGGUUGCGAUGUUGACGUGUAGUUACUGUCAGACUGGUUUGUGCUCAAGUCUUUUUUUUCUGUACAGCUCCGUUUUUAAAAGUUAGUAGGGUUUCAUGUUUUCUAUGACUGACACCUGAUACAGCCUAUGGGUGUUCAAAGUUUGCAUAGCUCACCCGGGGGGAUACGCUGUUUGAGUUGAUUGUCAUCACAGCGACUCUCCCACAGAAUGUGUACAACACUACAAGUGGUGGUUCCAGGAAGUGAAGAAAAUCCUGAAAAUACUGAAAGCAAUUCGGAUUCAAAUUGGUAUAAUGACGGAAGAUGUGGCCAAGUUGUCCAUAGUAUAUACAGUCUAAGGUCUGUACCUUUUUGUACAUCCAGUGAGAUAGAUUAGUGUUUUUUUAUUUGUCCCUUCUUCUCAACACAUUAACUUGGAAAAUAAGAGGACUGCUCAGGCCAGUUUGAGUCUCUCUCUGAGAUGUGAAGCCAAAGGCUGCAUUGAAAGGUAUUUACAUUUUACACUGGUGGGGUAGAAGUGAUCUGGCAGGACUUUUGAAUGGCACUGAUUAAAUUGCAGAUUUAACACUGACGAUAGUUCAGGUCAGAACAGGACAGAUUCUUGUGUAGACUGGAAGCAGGCACUUUACUGACUUUUGUGAGAGUGUUCGUCAUGUUUUCUUCUCUCAACUGUUAUUUGUUUACAGUGAUUUAAUGCCAAGAAAUGUAUGCAUUUGUUUCAGAUUUAAAGGUUUUGGCAGUCAUUUUUCUACUCUUAUGUUUAUUGAGGGAUUUACUGUUAUAGUUCUUCUGCCUUAGAGGCAGUGUGCGGGUGCAAACCUAGAGGCAGUGUGCGGGUGCAAAUGUGUGUGAAGUUGAGUAGAAAUGUCAUGUUGUGCUUCAAACGUCAGGCUUUCAGCUGGAGCAGAGGCCUGUGUUAGUGAGGGGAAAUGAACACAGUGUUCUUGUAAACAAAUUGCCCCAUACAUAUUUUAAAAUGAUGUAUUUAAUUUUUUUGUUUGUGAGAAACUUUUGUAUGACAUUUUCCAGUCUCAUGACUCCCACCAUCUGUCUGCUCAAUUGUCUUAUUUUGUGAGGAUCUGUUAAUUAGUUUUUUUCUCUUCAUGACAUGUCACAGUCCCUUAGUAAUUUGGUGCUAAAAAAUUGAAGUGAUCGGCACAGAGAGACAUGAUGUUGAAGAGCUAUGAUUUAUUUCUUACACACAAAAAAAAAAAACCCAGGUGUUGUGUUUAAUGUGUAUGUUCAGAUAUGACUACCUAUUUGAUUUUGAUGGACCUGUACUGAAGAGAAUAAAUGCCAGAAAACAUAUAAUUGGAUUGCACUCACCAAAACACCUUUCCCUAAUGGCACCGCCUGGUGAUCGAAACCCUGCUGGAUGCCUUUGAUUGAACCUUUGUGCCAGUCAUGUAUUUAUUUAUUUAGUUCUUUACUUAUUUAGUUAGUGAUGCUGUAGACUGAUUGUCAGUCCUGGUUGUUUAUAUAGCACCAAGUUUUGUUAUUUGGCUAAGAUUUGUGACUUUAAUUUAUCAAAUCUUUAAUGCAAGCAUCAGAUGGUUGGUAAAUGAUGUAUGAUUACAUGAAACACAGUGACGGUACCUUGAAUGAUGACAGAUGGAACAAGCUAAAAUCCACACUUCUCCUGAUUACACUGCAUGAGGGGCCACAGUGGGUGAGAAAAAACAUCCACUGUAGUGAUCUGCUGUGUUUCAUAUGAAGAGUGAAGACUGAGGCGUAGUGUGUGUGUGUGUGUGUGUGUGUGUGUGUGUGUGUGUGUGUGUGUGUGUGUGUGUGUGUGUGUGUGUGUGUGUGUGUGUGCGUGCGUGUGUGCGCGUGUGUGACAGCAGGUGCUGUUCUCCUGUGGUGGACUCAGUGCACAUCUCUCCUGCUGAGGCUGGUUAUUAAUGGCUACAGAUUCAUUACAGGCAGCCAGUCAGCCAUGCUGCCAGCAUGCCCAAUGCUGUUAGUCACACAGUCACACUGAUUGAUGCACACACACACACACACACACACACACACACACACACACACACACACACACACACACACACACACACACACACACACACACACACACACACACAAGCAUAUUACACCAACCUGUGCUGCCCUAAUGAAAACUUCUGUCAGUUCAGACCUGAUAUUUUACUUUGUGUUUGAUGUCUUUUUCUCGCACACACACAUAGCUCUUAAAUAUCUCUCCUGUCAUCUUUUCUCUCAUUUCAGAAGACGUAUUUAUCCUUCAUGGGAAAGACAAAAAGAACCCUCUCAUCUAUGGCCUGUUUACCACUUCAAGGUAUGCACCUUUUUUUUAAGUGGACAGCACUGUUGUUAGUGAGGCAACAGGGGGUGCCGUCAAGCUCAUAGGGGCUUUUCUGCAGUCCAAAAUGAUUUAUCACUCCUUUUGCUGGUGUAUUGAGAAUACACUUUAAAAGGAUGGUUUAAAAGGAUUUCCCACAUGGAACGAAUGGACAAGCUUAUUCACUAUUAGUGUAUGAAAACAUGAAUGCUGAUGAAAAUAAUAAUGAUCAUCAUAACAACUUCAAACAAGGACAAGACAGUCUGGCUGCAGAUCUCCACUGUCAGGACCCUUCUUACCAGACCUCUAAUGUGAGGAACUCCACUGAGCGGGCCAGAAGUUGAUUUGAAGCCUCUCAAAAUAAAAGCGAGUACACCAGGAAGUACCUAUUUUUGUCUCGUGCAAUUAUAUUUUUUUCUUGGGGCUUUAUUUUAUGUAUAUUCUGUUAGUAUGAUUUUUUGAAAAAAACAUCACCUUGGAUCCUCUCAGUGGAGAUGGGUCCUGACAGUGGAGGUCUGCAGCCAGACCCCUCUCAACAAGAAGGCAAAAAUUAGGUCAUUUCUUUUAAAGCUGUGUGUGAGUAUUUUACACAUCCUUUCCAGUGUCUGUGUUGUGUUGAAGAGAAGUUGUCAAACAAUAGUUCCCCUAAGAACGUGUCAUUUUGGACUCUUAAAUUACAUUCAUACGACUUUUUGCCUCUUUCCAUGCAAAGUCUCUGAUUGAAAUCUUCUGACCUGGACUUACCUUGACAAGACAAACAAAAACAUCAGAGUAAAAUAGACCUGAAAACAACAAAAACAAUGACACAACGUGGAAAGUAUGAAGCAUCGAUGAGGCAACAUUAUGCUUUGUGUUUGUAUUGACUGAGUGGUAAUUGUUGAAGUUGAAUGUUGGUUUGAGACAGUCAUAACAAAGACAAGAGGAAGAACAUUUCUCUGUUCCCUCCGGGAGACAGCAGAGACAACAAACAGAAGAGUAAGACUGCAUAAUAGAAAGCAGACAGACUCUUAAAAACUGACAGGUGACAGAUGGAUGGAAAAGUUCCUGACACUCAAAAAGAUAAAGGUGAGCAGGAAGAAACAUAUAUACACACACACACACACACACACACACACACACACACACACACACACACACACACACACACACACACACACACACACACACACACACAAGAAAUGAAAAAUAAGCACUGGCAAGAAGAAAUAGGAGAAAAAGACAGCGAGUAAUUCAAAUGAGCAAGUGAGAACCAAAAAGCCUGUUUGUCAUUUUCUCCAAACUCACUGACGGCAGCACAUGCUCUGAGAAUAACUCUGUGUCUGAGGCGGACGCCAGAGCUCUACAGUAGCAACACAAGUAUGACAGCAUUUGGCAUCGCGGAGCAGGGAGUGGGUCUGUUUCUGGGUUUUGGAAAGUGUCUGGAAUCUCAGCGGGGAACGGAUGAAAAUCUAAAGCAUCGCCCAGGGUGGGGUCUCAACCACAAACCAGCCGAGUGAAGAAAGAUCAUUCCAUCUGGGUGGAAACUUGUCUCUCUGCUUCAGUCACGGCAGCACACACAGUGUUUUGUUCAUGUUUUUACUCAUUGACUUUGUCGCUCAAAAGGACCCCACUUUAUGAGUUUUUUUUUUUUUUUUUUUUUUUUUGGGGGGGGGGACAUUAUUAAUAUCUGAUAAAUCUAGUGAAACGAUGACAAACUUUAAUAAGGGACUGUAAGAUAGAGAUGAAUUAAGAACAAGUGUGCACAGCUACUAGUUAGGAUACAAAGACAGGCUUCUGAGUGGGGUAUAAAUUCAUGCUAAGUAUGUAUAAGGGAUAUCCCUCUGAAAAUCUGCCUACAUUCAAUUUCAGCACCAGAAAUCAUGCCAGAAAAACCUUCUUUAACAGGUCAUUAUUCAAUAAUGAAAAGUACGACGAUCUUCAAUAUUUGAGGACUCCCCUGCCCGACUGUAACCCAUAAAGUUUAGACAAGAAAGGUCGGAAGUUAUGGACGUCCUAAAAAACUGAGACUAAACAUAACUCAUGUGUCAGCCGACCACCGUGAUGCACCAAAACACAGCGUUUCUAUUUGUUCUUUUGGCUUUCCCUGUUAAACUCGGCUGGAAUCUUAAACUUGAUACACUUCACUGCAGCUUUGACCAUGAUCUGAACUACAGAGGCUGGGAUGUGCUGUGGUGGGGGCUGCUGCGCCAUGAGCAGUGAGCCGGACUUCAGCUUUCAGCGCAUCCAGAGAAUUACUGCCUUCAAGCUGAAAACCCCUCAAUGACUCAUAGCUCUUCAUAUAGUUUAUGCAGUACAUCGCUCUCUUAUUUUACUUACUCACUUAAAGACCAUCACAACUCAUCAAGUAAAAUCUCCCAAGACAUGCUUAAGGGAUGUUUUAUUUAUGCUGUGAUUAAUAUAAGUUCUCCUGGUUUUUAUCUGUCUUCUUCAGUGAUAUCCUGAAUGGUUCAGCGGUGUGUGUUUACCGUAUGGAAGACGUGGUUCGAGCUUUUAAAGGAAACUUCCUGCAUAAAGAAGGACCUCAGUAUAAGUGGGCAGAGUUUAUGGGCAAAGUGCCCUACCCACGACCAGGAACUGUAAGUUCAUUUGAUAGUGAUGAGACUGUCAAUAGCUCUAAAUGAAACAAAAACAACAGGUCUUUGCUAUCACUUUGUCUCUUUCCUUCAGUGUCCCAGCAGUACAUAUGGAAGUUACAGCUCCACCAGAGAGUAUCCUGAUGACGUCAUCUUCUUCAGCAGGACUCACCCUCUGCUGCAGGUCCAGCUGAUCCAUCACUUUAUGAAAUUGCACUGAUCUAAUUAAAUUAGGCAGUGGCCUCUUUUACAGCGGGUCAAGCCAGCUUUCUAUUUUUGUCUGGAUUAAGUAAUGAAAUUAGCCAACAAUCGUUACAAAAGGACCUCAGUCCAGCAUUGAGAACAUACAGUAUGUCUUACAAAGGCAUGAUUUAGCAGUCAGUCCAGAAAUAUUCAGUGUUUAGCAUUGAUUGUUCAUGAGAUAAACAAACAAUCUUUUAUUCUUUUUUAGGAAAAUGUGCUGCCACUUGGAGAGCGCCCCCUUCUUGUGAGAGUAGGUGUUCACUACAAGUUCAGCAAACUGCUGGUUGACAGAGUGGAGGCUGUGGACGGUACCUAUGACGUCCUGUUUAUCGGCACAGGUAGAGUGUGUACGGUAGACACUGGUUAUUCUAGGGCUGAAAUCAACCAAAGAAAUUCUUGGUCAAUUAAAACCCUAAAUUUUCAACCAAAAAUUGACUAACCUUGGGGAGGGGGGGGGGGCAACGACUCUGAAACCAUUCUGUGGUGGGGGACUACGCGGCUCAGUGGAGUAGGGGUUCUCUUUAAAUACUCCCAGUAGUGCUUGGUACAUUCCUCCUGAUGAAUUUAACCAUAGACUGUAAAUUGACGUGAAAAAAAUCCAGUUGACCAAUCAGAAUUUUGGUUGACUCAGCAUGUAUUGACAAAUAAGUCGACCAGUCGACUAGGUCUUUACAGUCCUAAUCUGUUCAUACUGAAGUAUAUUGUGCUCUGAAAUGCUGACACUAAAACUCUCUUCUUCUUCUUGUGCAGACUCAGGCCUGGUGCUAAAGGCCAUUCAUCUGCCGAGAGAACAUGGUCAGAGUCAGGAGGUCACUCUGGAGCAGCUGCAGGUCUUUCAGGUAAAUCAAACUGUUUCUGAAUCAAAUCAUCGUUGUCCCGCAGAAUUCAUGUAUCUACAAAAUGACUUUCCUCCAGGAAGUGAAAAAAACCUUUUAUUCACAGGACUAAACCCUGCAUGAGAUUAAAUGACAGGCCUUAAGAAAUCUGACAGACAGGCAUGAAGGGAGAUCAUUAGCUCUGAUUUAUACAAAGUUAUGAAAGAUUUGAGAAUUUUGCCCGACAGGGACAAUAUUUGGGUUAACACCUUGUUUCCAUGUAUUAACAGAAGUGACUAAACCAGAAGUGCCCUCAUUUCUAAAGGAAUCUCUGAUGAUGAGCCUGAAAAACAGCUCCUCUCUGUAAUAUUUUUUGUCCAGACUCUACCUCAAGUACUUCAAAGUGGACUUUUGGUUUAGAUUACUGAUCAAAUAUAAAUAUAUACUUUAUAAAGUCAGACUGCCUUUAAAAGUGAUCUUGUGGGUGGUUUUUAUUGGGUUUCUAGCAAAGAAAUGUAAAGAAAUGUACUUUCUUGCAUUGGACAUGGGGGGAUAUUAUCAGUUCAUUCACAGAUCUAUAGACACAAACCACAUAAUGAAAUGGAAAUUUAAGUUUUGUGUCAGUUUGUCUUAAAGCCACUUAUUCUGUAUAUUAUGUAUGUAUUACUUUAUCCAUUGUUGUCUGAAAAUUUCUCUUUUCAUAUCAAAACGUAAUCUCAGACUCAUCAAACAAGGGCAAACAAUGAGAUUACUGUCUAGAGAUGAUGCAGCACAGACUUCUCUGUUUUCGAAGACUUCAUUGACAUCCAACAAAAAAAUAAAUGCAAGCAUGAUGGAAACCAAUCAUGAUGGAAAACCAAUAUUUUAAGCAGUCAGAAACAUGACAGCUGAGUUGUAAAUAAUGCAGACAUUUGUUAUGCAAGGGAAGAUACACAAAAACUUAGCUGGGCUCUUUUGAAUCUCACUUUAUCAUUUGAAUCCAACACCACCAUUGCCAUCAUUUGCAGAUAAACUGCAGCUGCACACAGUUACCAACACUGACAAUAAGCCAAAUAUGAAUGUUCAGGGAGGCUCUAGGUCUCUGUGUUGACUUUAAGCUGACUUACACUGAAAAAAGACAGACCAUGGGUUUAUUUUCUUAACUCUUUUGUUAAGUAAAGGCUUCAUGAAACCCCCUUUUGUGAUAUGAAACAUGUCCGAUUACCAAAGGCGGUCUCUCAGGUCUCUCAAUUAUUUUACACUGUUUAAAAUUACUGUGGUUUGGAGUCGCACGCAGGGAUUUUAAACAAGUUCCUCAUGGUUCUCUAUGAAAUGAGUUCAGCGUGUGAAACCUUUUUUCUAUCUAUCUAUCUAUCUAUCUAUCUAUCUAUCUAUCUAUCUAUCUAUCUGUCUGUCUGUCUGUCUGUCUGUCUGUCUGUCUGUCUGUCUGUCUGUCUGUCUGUCUGUCGGUCGGUCGGUCGGUCGGUCGGUCGGUCGGUCGGUCGGUCGGUCGGUCGGUCGGUCCGUCCGUCCGUCCGUCCGUCCAUCUAACUAACUAUCUGUGUUUCUUUCUAUCUGGAGUGUGACUGUUUUCAUUUGCUGUUGGAGUUUCUGAUUUUUUUUCCUCUUCCUCACAGCACAAAUCACCAGUGACAGCCAUGACUCUCUCAAAGAAAAAGGUAACAGAUGAGGGACAGACACAAAAACUCACUUUCAAACUUUCCGACUCCUCCACACACUCACGCAUACACACACACACUAGCUCACAUGUACACGAACAUGCACAACACUACACUUAUCACUCAUCUCUCUACCUUGCGUCUCCAAGGACAGCUUCAUCAGCAGUUGCUAUGGUUACCCUACCUCACUCAGAGCAAUUAUUGUGAGAUGCCAAACACACACACACACACACACACACACACACACACACACACACACACACACACACACACACACACACACACACACACACACACACACACGGAGAUACACUCUGCAUUAUUAAAAUGGUCUUGGUUUCAUGAAAAAAUUCAAAAGCUUGCCCACAAAAAGACAUACAACUAUAAUCACAUCAAUGUUAUAGAGAGCACUCUCUCUAUCGCUUUCUCUCUUUCACACAAACACAUCCACACAUAAACACACACGCGCACACAUACACACACACACACACACGCACACACACACACACACACACACACACACACACACACACUAGGUCCACAUAGUGGUUUGUUUCAGUCUAAAUUAGCUGUUUAACUUUGGCAUAGGAAUGAAUCUGAUUCAGCCGCUGAUUUUCAGUGUGUCUUUACUCUUCUUUUGGCUUGUCCAGAUUUAUUACUCUUUUCUUCAUGCUCUCCUCUAAUCUGUCUUUUUUUGUCUUUCAUCCGCCCCCCUCCUCUCUUUUCCUCGUCCCUCAGCAGUGGUUGUUUGUGGGCUCCAGUGAGGGUGUGUCUCAGCUGGCCCUGUACCAGUGUGAGCUGUACGGUCAGGCAUGUGCUGAAUGCUGCCUGGCCAGAGACCCCUACUGCACCUGGGAUGGACACGCCUGCAGCCCCUACAUGCCCACAGUGCGCAGGUAGGCCCAUCGAGUCACAUCCUAAAACCAAACAAAUCUGAUUGAUAUGCUCUGAAAAUAAAAAAAAGAGAAAAACAUGUGGAACCAAUCUUCUCAAAUCAGAUUUGAACCAGAUUUGUAGAUUAAUUGAAAUACAGCUUACAUCACAUUUGAAGUAAAAUCUUCAUGAUAUAAUUUUCUGCAUUUUUCUCCACUUGACCAACAAUGAGUCCCAUUUCUCUGGAAUAAAAAAUUAUAUACAGGGAUGUAAUGUUUUAACAUCACUGUUCACCCCAAACUGCAAAAGGAAUAAAUGUAUGAAAGUUGCAGAUACUCUUGAGGCUGAUGAAAUUUGUCAAACACUUCUACUUAAAAAGACAUUCAUGCAUUGUAAUACAGAGGGUGUUAUUUUCUGUUCAUGUCUUUUGUUGCAUCUUUAUUCCAGGAGGAACGCUCGUCACUUAGGGGAGGAUGAAGAUCCGUUAACUCAGUGUGUCAGACAGGGAGGUGAGGAGCCACCAGACUGCCCAGUGUUGCUUUGUUUACCUAUUCUUACAAAUGUAAUCAUUGCAGUAUCACCUUCGUAAGGCAAAGACUCGAGCCUUAAUGCCUUAUUCAUUUUGAAUAUAAGUCUUUAUUGACUUUACUGUAACUGUAGUGGAUGUAUAUUACUGUAUGGUUAUUCUUUUAUCAAAUGUCUUCAAAAUAUGAGGAAAUACAGAGUGUAGUUUUUUGGUACAGUGUUACUUAGAUGCAUAUCCUGUUUCUUUUUUUCAUUUUAUGGCCCAACAUCAGAGGUUUAUUUUAUCACAAUAUAAUGAGGGAGCCUUACAUCCUGCAGACCUUGCAGCACCCAACAUUCUUUGAACUUCUAUUCAAAUAGAGAAAUGAGGAGACUCCAGAGAGUAAAACAAGCUUGAUGAAUGAAAGGCGAAAACAGGGACAGAUAUCAAAUCUGUAAACAGCUUUGGGGGACAGAAAAGAUAAAACAAGUAAAAAAGUAAUAACUUUAUUUAUUCUUAAAGGGAAAUUCAAUAUAGGAGGAAAGUCAAAGAAAUAGUCAUAUGUAAAAAUGUUAAAAAAAGGAACAAACUACAUCCCAAAUUCUGACAUAAGUCAGGAGACUGUGUAAAAUGUUAAAGCUGAUUAAAGUCGUUUGCAAAAAUAUUUAAAUCCUAUAUUUUGUUGAAAAAAGUGCAAAGGCAACAUGAGCGACUGUGAAAAGCCACUCCAGAGAGGCUGGGUCCCUCAGGGUCAAGAUUGCUAUGGGUUUACCAUAGCAAUGGUAAACCCAUAGCAAAGCUGAGGAGCUAGCUCAGGAGGUAGAGCAGUCGUCCAAUAAUUGGAAGAUUGGCGGUUCGAUUCCCCCCUAUCCCAAGUCUGUCCGUUGUGUCCUUGGGCAAGACACUUAACCCACCUUGCUCCCAGUGUGUGUCCUCCACUGGUGUAUGAUUGUGAGUGUUGUGUGGUGGUGGUCGGAGAGGCCGUAGGCGCAAAAUGACAGCCACGUUUCCGUCAGUCUGCCCCAGGGCAGCUGUGACCACUAAGGUAGUUUACCACCACCAAAAGUGUCACUGUGUGAGCGAAUGAAUGAUGUAUCCAAUGUAAAGUGCUUUCUCUGUUAAAGCGCUAUAUGAAAUCUGAUGCAUUAAAAUUAUUAUUAUUAUUACCACCCUGUGAGAGACUGCAUGAGGAAAUAGUUUAGCAAUUUCAGAUUGAUGCUGCUUCAGUGAAACAUUGCAAAGCAUCUAAAGAUUUUAUUAUCUACAGUACAUCAUUUUAUUAAGAGACUAAGAGAAUCUGGAGAAAUCCCUGAACAAAAGAGACAAAACCAAUUCAGAUCAGUCAUGGCUCUGUGGUUGAAAAUCAAAAAUUCAGAGUCUGUGAACCCAAUUAAUCUCUUCAUUCACAAAUUGAAACUUAAACUGUACCAUACUAAGAGGGAAUACACAUAAGCAUAGUCCAGACUGCUGGAGACUUCCUUGGACUCAAGUCCAUUUACUGAAAGAUGGACUGAGGUGAAAUGGAAAACUGUUCUGUGGUCUGACUCAUCAAAAUUUCAUGUUUUAUUUAACCAUGGAUGCUGCAUCCUCCACCUGAAAGAAGGAAGAGACCAUUUUGUUAUCAGCAUACAGACCAAAAGCCAAUGUCUGUGACGAUACAGGCCUGCAAUGGGCAGCUUUUUCAUGUGUGAAGGUUCCGGUCAGAAUAAACACAUUAUGGAGAAACAUAUGCUGCUAUCCAGACAAACCCUUCUUUAUACUCCCACUUUGAUCGUUUUUUUUUACUACUUAAAGAGUUCUUAGUGGUCUUUUAGUUGUGAUUAGGAAGUUUUUAGCUAAAAUUACAUUACCUGCGUCAUUUCCAAAGAUUUUCUUCUGCAGUGCUCCAGUAGCCUCACCUCUGAGUCGUGGGUGGAGACAGCGCUGCUCUGCACACUCCUCUUCAAGGACUCUAAUGUCUUCAGGGACAGGAUAAAAGCUAAUAUCACAGUUAGCUUUCUUAUCCUGCUUGUUCUGCGAUUGUCCUCUCUAUUUCUUCGAGUCUGGUCUGCAUAGUGGUGCUCUAGGGGCAGAGCUUGCAGUUGUGACGUGGGAAAUGUUACUGUGUCUGAACCUGCCGUUUGGGUCUGUCAGAGAUUCCUAGAAAUUUGAAUGCAGAAAUACUCAGAAAUGCAAUUUCUUACUUAUUUUUCUUAUGAUAUUUCCUGUAGCUUCAGAAAAAAGCCAUAUGAACAUGUACACAACAAGAAAAACAUGAUUUUCAUCAGAGUUGGUCUUCAAGGAUGACACUGCAUAUCUCAGCAAGACAAUCCCAAACCACAUUCUGCUACAAAAAGGGCUCAGUAAUAGAGGAUUAUGGAUAGAGGAUGCUGAGUCCUAAACUGGCCUAAAUGCAGUCCUGACAUCUCUUUCAUGAAAACAUUUGGUGCAUCAAUAAACAAAAAAAUGGCGCAAAGUAGACCCUAAACUGUUGAAAUAUGCCCCUGUCUGACUUAAAAUAAACUUCAUAAAACUGAAAAUCUUUCAGGUUCAACAUUCCACGUCAUCUUUGCAACUGUUUAAUCAAAAACAGGAUUGAAACUUUUGGCAAUCCAUUCAAUUAUUUAAGCUUCUCAACCUUAUGAGUUCUGAGUUAAAAUGAAAUAUAAAAUAAAUAGGAACAAGAAAAGACCUCUAACCUGUCAAAACGUGUCUCACUUAGCGGGCCUGCAGGUGGAGGCAGAGCAGAGGGUCAUGAUGGUCGUUGAGGGCAACAGUACUUACCUGGAGUGUCUUCCCCGAUCCAGACAUGCUGCUGUCACCUGGUACAAACAGGCUGGAGAAAACAGUCCUGAACUUAACCAGGUACAUGCAGUCUAAACAUUCCAUGUUUAUCCUGAUAGUUUAUGGUAAAACUGCGCAGUACACUUCACUCCUCCAUCUGAUCUCUCCCUCCUCCACCUCUUUAGGUGCUUACAGGUGAUCAGCUUGUAGUGAUUGAGCGCGGCAUCCUCAUCCGUCAAGCUGAAUUGUCUCACAGCGGCGUCUACCACUGCCAGGUGGAGGAGCAUGGCUACCACUGGACCGCCGUCACUGUCCGCCUCGCUGUCUGGAGCCCCUCUGCCAACAGUCUCCUCGCUUCCUGGUCUUCAUCCUACCAGAGUGCAGGAUUCCAGCCCUGGUAUGAGGACGUGAUGGCACUGGUUCACCCAGGAAACAUCGGCCAGCACUGUCGGGCAUUGGGAUACCGACCUCCCCGCAACCACCGCCGCCACAGUGACAUCACGGUGAAGCCAAACAAGGAGAAAGAAAAGGGGGAGAGGCACAAGCAUGGGGGAGGAAGAGGGGGAGGAGGAGGGGGAGGGGGAGGGAGGGCAGCAGGGAGGAAGAGCAGGAGCAAGCCACAGCUGAGGGCACCCAGGAGCACUUGAACGUGUCGUCGAAGGAGUGCAGCUUUUUAUUGACUUAAACACACACACACACACAGACACACACACACACACACACACACACGUUAAUGUAAACAUUCAUAUGCACACACACACACACACACACACACACACACACGCUUAACUUAUACACUGAGAUAGAUCAUACUGUAUGUACAGAGACUGUGACAUGCGCAUGCACUUACCUGCCAACAAAAAGCAUUCAUUCUGUACCAUGAGGAACUUUGAAACUAAGCUAUAGACGAACAACUGAAGUAUGUACAGGAGAGUGUGAACUGCAAAGACUGUUACAGCUGGACUCUUGUGAAUUAAACAAGCACAGUCCUCAAAGUUGCAUAGCAUGUUGAAUGAAGGACGAGUCAUUUCCAGAUCAGUGAUGGAGAGGUUGUUUUGGAUCAGGGGCAUCAACAGAGAAAAACAAGUACAGUCUUCUAAUAAGAUAACCUGCAUCUUAAAGAAUCACCCCACUCUUCUGGGAUGAAUCCUGCCUUACAGGCCCGUACUGAUGGCUUUGCAUGCUACCACCCAACUUACAUAUACACUGAUGAUUAUUCUCCAGAACAGAGCAGAUGCUUUGGAUUGACUUCUUACCCUCAAGGCAAACAGUGGCUGCAGAUGCAAAAACAGAAAGGAGUUGCAUUUAAAUUUCCAAGUACACUCCAGUCAUUUGGCCUUUGCACUCAAGCUCAGCUGCUCAAAAGCUUUAGAUUGAUAAGCUUUACUGUUUGGAAAUGAAAGCCAAGGACAAAUAAGCAGCCAAGGGAUGCAUGAUGAAAAGAUCUCUCCGAUACAUCAGCAGACUGUGAAUCAGCAGCUAAAGUAAGCUGUAAAGAAAGUCAUUCAAUAUUCGAUGUGAUGGAGGUUUUCCAGUCAAAAGCUGUUUUUUUUUUUUAAAUAAUCAGCAGAAGAAGUUGAUUCAAGAGCCUUGAGACAGAAUUUUUGAACUGUAGGUCACAGCAUAGAUGAUUUCUCUGCAUUUUUACCCCAAGUGAAUAUUUAACAGCUGUCCACCUACAGUGAGAGCAUGUUGCUUACUUCAGAUAGGUGUGGUCAGACCAUGAGAUGACAGACCACAACCACAACGAUGAAAGGCUCAGAAACGCAAAGCCACGGCUUUGAUGAGGUUACAGAUCUACUUUCCCAGGAGGCUGCAGCCACAGAGACACACGGCAGGAAAUGUUUCCAUUAUGUUUAUCCUCAAGGUUCAGGAUUCCAAGUUAUAUCUGGCACUGAUUUUACACCACGUGGUAGAACACUUAUUAUCGGUGUGGUGGAAACAUUUAAACCUGGUGUAUUUUAUUAUCAUUAUGUCAGAGAAAAUCACCCGUCCUUUAGUGUACAUUUGUUGUGUUUGCUUGAUGUCCAAGUAGAGAACAUCUCACCAAUUCAGGAUACUUUAACUGUAGUUUUUAUUGAUGUAUAGAACAGAGGCAUGAGAGCUCUGGAACAUAUUCUCAGAUAUGUAAGAAAAAAAAUCAAGCUGCUAUUCAAUGAGGCACAAUCGAGCCUUUAAAAAGCCUUUAAAAUGUACUCCUGACAUUCAUGACUGAAUGCGUUAAACAUGGUUUUAAUGAGCUGAAAUCUUAAAUCCUAAAUUAUUACCACCAGAUAUUUUGGCAAGACAAGACAGAGAGGGUUAUUUAAUUGGUAGCGUUUCAAAAUAUUGGUGUGUUCGUUGUACAAAGAAUCAUUUUUUCCUCCAAUAUUAGUCAUGACAGUAAACCCUGCACACUGCUCUGUGUCUAAUAUCUACAAACCUGUAGACAAUUUCAGCUGUGUUUGAUUCUACAUGGACAGGAAAAAAAAACACAGCUCAACGGCUCAACAUGAACUUCCAAGAGACUCUGUACAGAUCAUGCAUGUCUUUCAGCAUAUGGACCUAAAUAGGACACUGGUGACUUUGAGUUGGUUACAGCCCAGCUACAGUAGUGGAGUUAUAUAUUGCCAGUCCUGUUCUUCCAGCUGGUAAUGGCAUCUGGCUGUAAAAAUAUGACGCAGGCUCAAUGUAUAAUAAAGAAGCCUUUAUAAUGAAAAGUUGGAACUUGUGGCAGCGCUAAACUGGACUGAUGUCAACAGGACUUUGGACCCUGGCAAUAACUCGUUCCUUUUCAUUUUAACACUCUUGUUUGUAUUUAUUUGUUGAAUUUGGAGUCAUUUUGUGGAAACAUGUAAGCUCCUCAUCAACCAAUUUAACCACAAUGACUCACAAACUCCUCCCUUAUUUAAGCUGUAUCUGUCUUUCUGUCUGUUUCUCUGUUGUAAGCAUAGACUGUACUUUGAUGUGCCCACUUUUGAGGACUGCUCCAUAGAUUUCCAAAUGCUUCGUCUACCUCUCUUAGAGGACCUUCCCACUGCUAGAAUCUGGUCUUUUUUACAGGCAUUUGUAAGUAAUACUGCCUUGAAGUGAGAAAACAGGAACUAAAAGUGAAAUCAAAACUGCUGUCUCUUUGAUAGUUAUAUUCUUUCCAGAUCUAGGAUUAAAAACAAAAUGCUGAAACUUUGUAAUCCUGCUCAACAGAGUGUACUUACAGUAAGAGAUUUCACAGCAUAGGGGAUAAAAACAGGAUAUGGUAUAGAAAUGAAGGAGUGGAGGGAAAAAAAGUUAAUGCUGCAAGAAAAGAGGAAAGCCAGACUCACUAAUGAAAUUAAAACUUAACUUUAUUUUCUAUGGUUUUCUGGGAGGGGAUGCAUUGAGUUGCACGGUUAGGUCCAAUAAAAACAGCUUUGCCUACUUUUAUAUAUUUAAUUUCAUCCCAUGAAGAUGAUUGAGCACGCAAUCCUGCCCAUAUUGGAGUAAAUCUGUUCCAUACUGGGUUCUGCAAAAGCUCCCAUUCCUCUGCACUGCUGCUUGUUUGUUGUACAGUAUGCUCCUAUGUGAGAGGAGCUGACAACGGUCCAGAGGCUGAGCCAGUAAACAGGCCAAGCGGGGCACUCAGCUACGGAUCAGACAGACUUUUGAUGCUGUGAGAAAAAUAAACCAGAGUGAGUCGUAGCAGAGAGAAAAUUACCAUGGGCUUGGCCCCUUGGCUUCUUGGCCUUGGCCACAUGAAAGAGCUUGCCAGUUCAGAGUUACUUCUGAAUGUGUGUUUGUGGAAAGAGAGAGAGAGAGUUUAUAGACGAGUGUCCAAGUGUCAGGUACAGCCACGUCUCCAAAUGAAAGGGUGUGUGGGUGAGUGUGAAGGUGGCAGAAUCGAAAUUACAUCAAACUUUGCUCAGACUGUGUUCAAAUAUUAAAUUGAGGACAGACAAGAAAACUUAAUGUGAAUAUAGAGCCACACUACAUAAAACUAAAUAAAAUCCAAAUCAAAACAGAUUUUUUUUCAAGAUUAAAAGUUUGAUAGUCAUUCAUAACUGUAGUGGCCACAAACAUUUGAAGACCUGCUUACUUUGAUAAAAAAAUAAAAAUAAAACUGCAAGCCUUACCAAAGUCUAUGUGUGGAGAUGCAGCCAUUUAUUGGCAUACUGUCUAAUAAUACAAUCCUUAUAGUUCAAUGUUUAUCUCAUCUCUAACCUUUAUCCUCAAAAUAUGAAGGAAACUCUUAAAGAGGUCAGAGGUUGGGCUCCUAGCCUUGUUGGCUUAUACUGAACACUCAUAUUUUAGAAUCAGAUUUUUUUUAAAUUAAUUUUUUAAAUUGUGAAACUAAAAAGAAAAAUAACUGUCCUGUUCAUGUUUUAAGAUGAAAUACCAUACAAUUGUGCAUUAAGACAGUAAAAAGUUUGUUCUUUUACAUCAAGAUGGUGAAUACUCUGAGCAUUACAAACAAAAUAUCCCAUGGGGUCAUUAACACACUCUGACAGCCUUAUUGACCUAAUAAUAAAAUCGCUGUAGUUCAGUUUUGUUCUGAUGGUAGAAACAAGGUGAGAAAUUAGAGAAACGUUCCUUUUCUGAGAUUCAUUUGCUAUAUUAGUUUGGCAUUUAGACAAGGCACAAAAACAUUCAGACAACAGUUUUUUUCCCUUUCAAAUUAAAAUUCUCAGUUUCUUACGCUUUUAAAAGACAAAUAAAAAAUCUCUGUGAACUAACUACAGAAGCUAAAGCAGCCUAACUUGGAUAGGAGAGCUGGCAUCACCUUAACUUGCCAUGUGCAGCUCAGACCAUGCUGACCAGCUUUUAGGGCCACAUCCGUUUGGUUUGCUAGAAAAGCAGACAGUGACAUUCUGCCAGCUAGAAUCACCCCUGUGCCCAUAAAACCAAAUGUUUGUUGAAAAUGUUGAUUUCACUCUCAAACCGGUUAUUUUGAUUUACGAAGUUUGAUUUCGCUUUGAGCUCCCUCCCAAUUUUAACUGCUUCCAUUAUGUCUCUGCUCACAAAUUCUGCAGCCUCAGAAACUAUUUAACAAAUCAAUUCUGGCUCCCACUUGUGUAUAAUGUGUGUAUAUGAGUGUGUAAUUUGUGACUGUUUGUUUGGUAUCAAAACACAGCUAACGUACGAGGCAGAACUCCUGCGAGACUUUUUUUUUUUUAAUGAAAACCAUUUCAAACAUUUAGUGUUUCCCUCAAAUAUGCGGUGCAGAGCAGCUCCUCAUUCAUUAUGACAGCAGCCUCAUCUGUUUCACUCUCACUCUGCUGUGUUUACAUCUCAGUGCCAAUUUACAUCUCUGGUGAUUUUCCACAAUGACUUCUUAAUAGAUGGAAUGACAUUUUUCAUAUGUCUCUCCCCGUGUGGAAAAUGUUUUUCUUUUUGUAAAUAUGUAUAAAGGUCGGCCUUUAAAUGAUCA